CCGAACAGCAUACACUGCAGGACUACAACAGGAAACAACUGACACGACAGAACACACCACGAUGCAGCAGAGGCAAAGCGAGUCAGAGAAACUGUUUCAUUGAGACAGUCAGCUUAUUAGAAAACAGCUUGUGAAAGUUGGAGAUAAGGAAUGAUAGGCAGCACACACAGCCUUUGAUUGAGCCUGCAAGGAAGCUCACAUCACAGCCAGAGAUAGAGAAGUAGCACAGAUCCAGCCACAGAAGAAAAUCAGUCCUUCCGUAGACCUAGAAAGGAGGAGGAGACGGCCUCACCCACAGGCACAGAGACAGAGGGAAAGUCAUCGAGACAGCAAGGACAGAAACACCUGCAGAUAUGAUUCAGAGACAGCUCAACAGAAUGAGACAGCUGGCCAACCAUGGCCCAGGCAGGUAAGCCCUGACCCACUCCUAUAGUGUAUGUAGCUGCACUUAUACAAACAUUCAGACACCUGUUUCACUGGCAAACAACACUUAUAACUCUGCUUCUACAAUAGUUCACGGCAGAUAAGAAGGACUUGAUAGCGGCUGCCAUUGCCUGUUCAAUAACAUUACUACAUAUUCAUUCGUCAAAGCUAGGGUUGGCUAAAACUGGAACUGCAACUUAUAUGAUGCUUUACAAGGGUCUGAUGUGGUUAAGCGUUAUGGGAGUUGUAGUUCAGCAACUGAUAUAGAGCUAGGUUUUACCUCUUUCUAAUCUAAAUAACUCCUAAUUGUCUCACAUAACUUGUCAAUAACCACUCAUUAAUAACUGAAGCAAAACUGUGUAUUCACUUUUACAAUGGUUUCAUGCAGAGUUAGUAUAGGGUUUUUUUUGUGUGUGUAGCCAUUCUUGUUACUGCAAAGAAACAUUGUUACAAAUGAAUCCCUCCCAGUGCUCUUCAUGACCCCUCCUUGCCACUUCUUCUAGAGCUCAAUGUAAAUCAAGAUCUCCUCCUUUAUUUCCUAAAUCUGCGGCCCAUGCCUGGGAAAUUUCUAAAAGAGCUGCCUCUGGGUCCUAUCAAGAUAUUAACUAUUCCAUAGUCUUUUGGAAGUACUCCAGGCACAGGCUGCCUAAAUGUGUAAACAUCAUAGUUUUAAUUCAAGUGGUCAUGAAAAUUGUAGUUUUUUUAGAAAAACUUUUAACCAAUUCACCUGUAUUCAAGCAAGGACUUUUAACUAUGGACUGGUGUAACAUGACUAUAUUUCAACAAAUUGCUUCAGUAUAAUAAAACCACUCCCACCAACACUUAAUGUUGCUCCAUAUAUCCACUUCCCUUAUUUCUUUUUUUUUUUUGUAUAACUGCAACCUGUAAAUACUCUAUUUAUUAACCACUUCUUGGACGAUGCCUUAUUAGGGAGGUCAUAAUACUCAAUGUAAAGGGUUAAUUUAACAGUUUCCUGCACCUUUCCCUCAUUGGGUUUACUGUGGGAGCUGUGAUCAGACCACAGUUUGUUAGCUGUACUGCAGUAAGAAGUCUUUUUUUCCAACCACAGGGUAAAUUGUGCAAAAGUUUAUGUUGAAGGGUUCAUCCAUGUCAAAUGCCUUUUAAGGACCCUUAACGUCAUCUCAAUAAUUUGGCCUGGGGUCAGUGGUCCUUUAGUUUUAAUCCUGCAGUGUAAAACAUACUGACAGCCACUGUGCUUCUGUUAUGCGGAACACCCUAUAGGAAAUCAGUAAUUCAUUGCUUUCUAAUGGGGAACCUUGGAUGCGUGCAGUAUGUGCAUAAGAGGAGCAUUGGAUUGGACCAUUGUGGAGUGGGCCAUGACAUCAUGGGAGGAGUAGAGGUAAGCAGUGCCAAGGAAGUCCGUUACUGAAAAAUGUUGUGUUAAAAUCGUUUUAUUUUUAUUGUAUUUUUUUUGUACAUACUGCGUGAGGGGGACCUAUCUAACUAGGGACAGGUACAUUAAAGCGUGAGGAGAACAGAUUUGUAUUUCUAACGCUUUGGCCUUCUGUUAAUCCACACCUGAACGACUUCUGUCUGUGCUACCCAUCUUACUCAUUGGGGGCCUUCUUCUACAUAUGGGCCUUUAUCCACACUCUUUCAUGCACAUGCAUUCGUACGAAACAGAAAGCUUUUGAAGAAAUCAAUGAAUUUCUAAUGUUGUCAAUAUGAGUUAUAUAACAUUUUAUCAUUAUGAAAGUGAGGUGCUCAGCAGGAAAACAUAGCCCUUGGCAGUCUAAAGUAGCUCCCCUCAUUCUUUGAAUAGGGAUUGGUAUCUGCAUGAUUUGCGGGGUCUUCUGUAACCCCCGGGCCAUAGGCAGUAGGUAUAUCUCUUGUUUGGCCAAAAUAACCGUCCUGGAAUUUUUUUCCACGCUGGCUAUUUUGACCUAACAUUUUAAAUUCAAUUGGAAUUCCAAACAUUCUAAUAUAUAAGUAUGCAUGAUCCCGCCAAAACCAGUCAAUAAAUCUAAAUGUGUAGAAAUAAUUAGCUUGGAGAUAGCUUUGCAGGCAAGAUGUUACCUGGUUGAGCACAAUGAAAGGUAUGGUUUCAUAAGAUAAAGAACCGCUGGAUUAUCACUUAUUAUUAUUUAUUUUUUUAUUCUUUUUCUCAGGCAAGGAGAAAAGUGGCAAAUUCCAGUCAUUACUGCUGUUAUGUUUUAAUACAAUGAUUUUACUAAGCUUUCCUUGUAACGUAGAAUGACCAAAACACACUGCUUUAGACACAGCCACCUUUAAGCAGAUCUGAAUAAUUAUGUUUGGUUUAUGAGGUCAAAGUACAGAGUGAUCUGCACUUAUUAGCCUGAUAACGUCUUAAGCGCAUACGUUUAAAUGGAUACAUUCAUAAAUAGUUACUAUUAGAGUUUUUCACUCAAGUGUAAAUUGAGAAAAGUCAACUGUGUUUUAAUUUGACCUAAAGUUGUAAUGCAUAUGAAAGCAUUUAAACAAAAUUUUAAGUUGUAGUAAAUUAAAAUUGAAAUGUAGACUAAACUCUGCUACAGUCAUAGAUAGUGUUAGUUAACCUAAGUUUUGCCAUUCAGAGUUUAACAAAAAUUUGGCGUUUAGUGACUUACUCUGCCAUUUGUAUAUUGGGCAAUGUGAACCAAUACAGGUAUUUAGUAUACAUGGAGUCAUAAUCAGAUAGAUGCCAUACCUUGCCACUGUCCCAAAUCCAAGAGGAUGGUACCGGUUUGAAACUGUGACUUGUCAUCAUGUUUUUCUUUCUUUUUUUUUUACCCUGUUUCUGGAGGCAGAGACAAAAAUAAUCAGAAAGCGUAGCUCGAAUGUCAUUAAACAUGCUAGUGUGGGAUAAAAUUCUACUUAAAGCCUGGUAACAGUAUAAAGACAUUCUCGUACCUCCGAACAUUGGGAGGAAUCGGUGGAUGGGAUGUAAGCAGACCCUGAGGGGCCAUCGCCGGUGAAGUGAAUUGCAUCAUCGUUGAUGGCCAUAAUUGGCGGGUCUGCAUAAACAGCAUUGGGCCCACCUACUGAAGGAGAAUGACAACUAGGGAUGUGCAUGGGAAAAUAAUUUGGUUAGUUUCGGAAAUUCGGGUAAGUAAAAAAAUUUGUCACUUGGUAUUUCAGUUCGGUACUUCGGUAUUUCAAUUUCAAAAUUAAUUUAGUGGUCUUGGUGCCCGGUCCCCCUAGUUUUAACCCUGCAGCUGAAAACAUAGCAGUUUUUUGUUUUUUGAUCAUGCGUCUGAAGUCUCACUGCUCAAUUAUCUACAAUUUAGGAGUGAAAUCACUUCUUUUGUUUCUGUUUAUGCAACCCUAACCACACCUUGUCUGGCUGUGACUGACACAGCCUGCAUGAAAAACAUGGUUUCUUUUUCAAUCAGAUGUUAACUUAUUUUAAUCGUUUUAAUCUCCUGCUCUGUAACUUGAACUUUAAUCACAUACAGGAAGCUGCUGCAAGAUGUAGCAAGCUAUUAACAGAUUUAGAUUUAGAUGAGAAAUUUUGAAAUAAACAGAAUUUGCAAUAAAGGAAGUAUAAACAUUAGAUCUCACAUUACAGGUGUUUAGGAAGGCUGUGUAAAUCACAUGCAGGGAGAUGUGGCUAGGACUGUAUAAACAAAGUGAUUUAUCUCCCAAAUGGCAGAGAAUUGAGCAGUGAGACUGCAAGGUCAUGACGUAUAUAACAAAACUGCUUCAUUAAGCUAACAUUGUUUUGCGGACCAUAGUGUUCCUUCAAUGCUAAUAGUGAAAGCAAGAAACAUUAAAGGUACUUUCUGAGAUGAAGUUGAAGCAAAUUUAUAAACCAUUUAAAAUAAAAUUAGAUAAUAUUUGAAGUUCUUGCUGCACAACACAAGUCCUUUACCAAGCUAUGAAGAGACCCAGCUAUUCAUAAUGCUCACCUAAAAAACCUUAGAAGAACUUUCUGAACAAACUUUGCAGGACCUACUUUCACUUUUUGAUGUUUUGCAUGGAUAUGCAGAAUGUUCCCCAUAGAGAUGCAAAUAUUCACUGAAUCUCUAUAAGGAGAUACUGAUCGUCGAAGCACUGUGCUUCACUGUGCAUGCACCCUAGCCUCCCAAUGCUUCCUUAUGGGGAAGCAUUGGAUUGACUGGGAUCAUAACAGCUGAUGAUCUCAUCCAAGGAGGCAGGUGGUUGCAGAGAGAGCAGCGCAAUGAUGCAGAAAAGAUAGGUAAAUCUACUUUUUUUUCAUGGACUGCAGUGGGGGGCAGCAAACACCUAAACAGCUACAGGAUAUUAAAGUGUUUGCAAUACAUGUUUUCAAGGCCGCCCACUGUGCGCUGGGUUCGAAAUAUUCUGCAUUGAGGUUCAUGUGACGGUACAUGAUAGGAUAGGUAGGGGGUGUUGCACCAGCAGCUGGUGCAGCACCACCUAUAUUAAGCAACUUUAUUGCAACCCUAGACUAGUAGAGUUUUUGUGGUUGGAAACUCAUCAAUACUGCAUUUUAAAGCAGCAACUCCAUCUCCUGACGUUGUUCCGAACUGCCAUCUGCUUCUCUGUGACUCCUCCUUACGCCGGUGCCUGGUGACAAAUACCCACUUUUUCCCUGGUUGUUAAGUGCUAAACUAUAUACGUUCCCUAGUGGUUUGAUGUUGAAUAGCAUGGAGUGCAUGCCCUGUUGUUUCAGAUCAAAAUAACUUCUUCCCCGGGGGUUGUUGCACUCAAUGUUGAGUCAGAUCAUAGGCUUGGAAUCCCAGAUCCUGGAAGCUGUGCUCUGACCACCAGACCUAGUGGAAGAAAUCAUUGUGGUCUGACUGCACCUCCUGCUGUUGCCUACCGUUGGACCACUAGGGAAUUCAUUUACAUUCAAUAUGUCAGUGUCCCUGCUAAAUUGUCUCCUUUGUCUUUAAUAUCAAACCAACAAUCUAUGAUGGCUGCAUGGUGCCUAGUUGCCAUGGUACCCUGCAUUGCGCCCACACCCCAAAUGCCAGCCCUGCAUCUUUGUAUUUUUAACGCUAUAGUAUUCCUUUAAUAAUGCAUCCAGUAUUGCACAUUGCAACAAGUGGAGUGCCUUGUUAAAGGACCACUCUAGGCACCCAGACCACUUCAGCUUAAUGAAGUGGUCUGGGUGCCAGGUCCCUCUAGGAUUAACCCUUUUUGUUUAUAAACAUAGCAGUUUCAGAGGAACUGCUGUGUUUAUAAAUAGGUUAAUCCAGCCUCUAAAGCCUCUAGUGGCUGUCUCAUUGACAGCCGCUAGAGGCGUUUGCGUGCUUCUCACUGUGAAAAUCACAGUUAUCACAGUGAGAAGACGCCAGCGUCCAUAGGAAAGCAUUAUGAAUGGUUUCCUAUGAGACUGGCUGAAUGCGCGCGCAGCUCCUGCCGCGCAUGCGCAUUUAGCCGAAGAGGAGGAUCGGAGGCGGAGAGGAGGAGGAGAGCUCCCCGCCCGGCGCUUGAGAAAGAGGUAAGUUUAACCCCUUUCCUUGCCAUCCAGCCUGGUGGGAGUGGGACCCUGAGGGUGGGGGGACCCUCAGGGCACUAUAGUGCCAGGAAAACGAGUAUGUUUUCCUGGCACUAUAGUGGUCCUUUAAUGUAAGUCCUUAAAAAUACAUGGCAAGGUUGCAAAUUAUCUGUCUGUCAUCUGCCAUCUGUCUAUCCAUCUAUCUAUCCCUCAUAAUAAAUAUUAAAAAUAUAAGGUAAAAUAUUAGAUUAUUUUUGUCAUUCAUACAUGCCUGCUAACAUACUUUAUUGUGAAUAAAAACACACAGUUCUGUGUACAUAUAAACAAGGAAGUCUGCAAUAUAAUGUAUUCAGCUGUGAAUGGACGUGUAUUUCCACAUAAUAUCACUUUUUUUUUUAAAUUGAAAAAUCUACAGUUCCGGAGUAUAAUACAUCCAUAAAAAUCUUAUUACAUGCAUAUUCAAGCACUGUGCAGAAGUAUAAGUAAGGAUUCAUGUUUGAAAGGUGCCCCUUCAUUCAUUUCUGAGCUAUGCCAGACACACCCCUUGCCUGUCACUACCUGUGGGCACUCCCAGGUAUUCCCAAAUCUUUUUACACUAGGGCAUCUAGAAUUUAGUUUCUGUUUAGCCAGGUUAAGGUGGUGGUGGUGGGGGGUGUGGCAUGCUAACAAUCACACUCAUAGACAUUGUCAAGACAUGCAGGAUUGCAAAACACGUAGAAAGCAGAAUGUCAACUGCAUAAUGUGGGUGCGGAAUAUCACUGCAUUCACAUUUUUUCUGAAAACAACUCUGUCAUUGAGUUUGUUCUCUGAAUACAACUGUUUUUCCACUUAUGUAUGAAGCAUGUUAAUAUUUUUUAGAACAGUGCUUUUAAAAUUUCCUUUUAAUGCUUGGGAAACCUGCAAUUACAAUUAUAAUUAUUUAUAUAGCACCAACAUAUUCUGCAGCGCUGUACACUAAAUAAAACAAGAGAAACAAUUCUGACAAAACACGUCUGAUAUACGAGUAGGUGAAGUGGCCCUGCUCAAGCAAGCUUGCAAUCUAAAAGGACAAGGGACAAAUACACAAAGGUUAAAUUAUUAAAUCAAAUUAUUUUGAUCUGUGGGCAGGUGAUUGGGAGGAGAAGGCACAGAUUAUAAGAGAUAAGAGACGAGCUGAGGCUUCCCUAAAGGGGUUUUCCAUAACAUAUUCCAGGGGCUUUCCCCACUGGACCUGAGAGGGGACUGUGACAAAGUACACACUGUAAUUACGUUAGCUCUCAGGUCCAGGACACUCCCAAUCAAAACAGGAUAAUCCCUCCCCUGUGCCUGACAGAUAAUUGAGUAAGGAACUGUAUUAAACUUAGUAAAGUAGGCACAGAAAACAUACAUUUUAACAACCCUGAAAGUCCCCCAAAACACAUGGAACCCCCCCAAAAGUCACAUUCACUGAUAGCCCCGAUCUGGGGGACCAACAUAUCCAAAAAUCACCCAGAUCGCUUCAGAGGUUUGGGGUUUCUGUCACAGCUCCCGGUGAUUCUGCCGGCAUGGUAAGCAACCAUAAAGUAAGCAACUACGCCAACAGAAACAAUUCAUACUGGAUCUCCCUCCAGUCCGGUCCCCAGCGGGUGCAACGCUCUUAGGAGCGCCGACCACUGCAGUUUGGAUUUUUGUAGUAAACUUACCUUCACCCACACCAAAGAUGGCGCCAACUUGCGUGCGACGUCACGUCAUAGAUGCUCACGCACGUUUUGGGGUCAGAGGUCAGAGACAGCCAAUUACAGCCAAAGAAAGGGUAUUUAAACCCAAAUUACUUUUCUGUCAGUGCUCUGUCGUGGUUUCCCUUUGAUGGUUAUUUGAGAGUGUGUUCCUGAUCAUGUAUAUCUGAUUUUUGACUUUGGCUUCAUCUGACUUCCCUGAUUUCGAGUACCCUUGACUUUUGGCUUUUCUUUAUCGCUGUUCCUCAUUCUGUGUCCCUGACCUCGGCAAGUAUUUUGACUAUUCUCUAGUACGUUAAGUCCGGCCAUUCUAAGGUCCUGUUAGACGUUAUCCUUAGUUCUAGAUAUGAUACAAUUCUGCGUGCUGGAUCAACAGUAAUCCUGACAGUUUCCAUGGAAGUCAUAAUUUUGACCGACCGUGCACAUGGUUCUAUGCCCAAAACAGUUCCAGGGAAUUAGGGCUAACGGUUGGUCUCUCUUUCUGGAGUACGAAAGUACAUAAAUCACAUAUGUUUUUAAAGGGCCCAUAGUCUUUUGGCAGGAGGCUUGCAAGCAGGCCCCUUUAAGAACACAUGGUAUUUCUGCCACUGCGUGAAUAAUCCAACUGUGUCCAGUUACUUAUAUGUACUUGUAUGUCUUUUGUAUACAUUUUCAGAUGCCACUGACAAUUUUUAUGACAGUAAUUUGUGCUGGCAUGAAAGUGCUUCAGAAUUGCAGGUUAAAGGUCUUAUCUGUCAUCAUUUUAUUUUGCUCCGUAGUCAUUUGUUUAUUACUGUAUUGGGUAUCUUCAUACCUAUCUCUGCUCUUCUGAUCUUUCUCAUAUUUUUAUUACCUGUUUUCCUCUCCCACAUACCUUUGCAUGGUUCUUUUUGAACCCUUGUAAUCAUCACUCUAUGUUUCUUUGUUACAGCAUUCUCUUUGUUCCUCUUACAAACUCAAACUGUUAUCAUAAUUUAUAUAGAGUAAAUCCAUAGCUCUUUUUAGGUUUACGAUAGAAAUGUAAAAUACAAGUAAUUGACAAAUUAUAUUAAGUGAAAUUAGCCGACAACGUUAUAUAUAUAUAUAUAUAUAUAUAUAUAAAUAUAUAUAUAUGUGAGGUACAGGGCACAUUUCUGAAUGGAAUACUAUAACAACAUUUUAACUGCAAAAAGAUUAUCAAGCCUUAAUCUAUGGAGUUUAAAAUGACUCCUCCCUCGUCUACAGCUUUUCCCUUGGUAAAUCUUAUAUUUACCUCUUCUUGUUCCUUUCCAGCUCUUCACCAAUUCUGCCAUUUUAUUUUUGUGUAAAUUCGUUUUAUUUGUGGUAUCAAAGUCAAGAAAAAUCAGACUCGCAGGUCUCAGGAGGCACAUCAUAACCAACAACAAUACUAGCACCAUUCGUUGGUGGAGUUAGCAUGACAUGUGGGAACAUUCUCGGGCUCGCAGGCCCACAAUAUUGCCGGACUCGCAGGUCCCUGGUAAUUUCUAGCGGCACCGCUAUGUUUUUCGAGUGCACCAGUUGUUGCUGUGUACAUAGGUGUUAGUCUGAUCGUGGGCGUUAGGGUAGGGAGCUGUCCGGCUUCGUUCAGUCCCGCUAGUGCUGUUUACGUGUCGGAAUUAUUCAGUUAUUGUUUGUGGCUCGUCUGGGUAUAGUAGGAUUAGUAUGUAUUGACCUGAGUUUUCUAUUUGUCGCGAGUCUGUGGUUCUGUCAUCAGAUGUCUUGUCUGUUCCUUCUGCGUUUCUGAAUGGUUGUGGCAUGUCUCCUCACUAUUUAUCUCCUUCUCCUGUCCUAUGACUUCAUUGUGCGUGGGUUUUUUAACUUUCAUUUUAUCGUUUCGUAUUAGUCGUGUGUCUAGGUGUUGACAUGGGUGUAAAGGGUUGCGUUGUCAUGUUUCUAGCGUUUAAUGUGUUUGUUGUUGCGUCCGUGGUAGCUCAGCAUGCGUUGCUUGUGUGUAUUGCUGUUUUGUGUGCUCCUUGUCUGCGAUGUUAGUUAUGUGUCCUUUCUAUUCUACUCGUGUGUGGUAUCAUAUUAUGUGUGUGUGAAGGCUUUCCCUGUAUGAGGAUAAGGAGGAAAGUUGGGUGGGGGCGGGGAGGGGGGUCGGGGAUGUGGAGAGGGAGGGCGGGUGUCCGCCUCAUUCCGAGCCGCGUCUGGGCCCGCCCCCGGGCCCGCCCCGGCGCUCCAGCUGGGUGCAUCGUUUCUGCGUCAAGUCUUAAGAAAUGUACAGUAUCCAUGUUGUCCACAGCUCUGUAUGUUUUUCUUCCUUGCCUAUUGUUUCAGCUAUUUUGGCUUCUGCCCUUCUUAUGUCUUCGACUUUAGUCUUCCAUUGUUCCAGUGUGGGAAUAUGUUCGUUCCUCCAGUGUAGUGGGAUUAGGGAUUUCGCCGCGUUUAGUAGGUGUCUCAGAAUUGAUUUUUUAUAAGAGGAUAUGGGUCUAUCCGUGUGGUGUAUGAGAGCGGCUCCCAUUGUAAGGUCCACAGGGUCCCCUAGGAUGCGUUCUAUUUCUUGCUUAAUAUUCCCCCAGUACGGUUUAAUUUUUUCGCAGUCCCACCAGAUGUGCUUCAGGGAACCGGGGCUGUCUCCGCAUCUCCAGCAGAUGUUCGGGUUGUUUGGUGCGAAUCUGUUUAUCAGAGAGGGGGUGCGAUACCAGUGUGUAAGGAGCUUGUAGUUCACCUCCUGGUAAUGGGAGCUAAUGGAACUUUUGUGUUGUAGGAUUAAGAUCUUUUCCCACUGGUUAUCCGCAAAAGACUCCCCCGUCCAUUCCUCCCACUGCCGUUUGUAUAGGGUGUUUUCUGUUUUAUGUCCUGUCAGUAUGCUUUGAUAUAUCAUGGAGACCUUUCCUGUAGUUGCCGUUGGCUGAGUGCAUAGGUUCUCGAACCACGUGAGGUCCCUGUGGAUUUUGGUUCUAUGAGAUAGAUUAUGGUAGUAGUGGGUUAGUUGGGCGUAACGGAAUUGGUGCAGUAGUGUGUGUGGUCUCUCUUCCAAUAUGUCCCGUAGUGGUUUCACUCCCGUGUUGCUUAAAGUGGAGUAGAUAGGUAUGUAUCCAUCUUGGUGUUCCAUCGGCCAAGCCGUUGGCGGGAGGCUAUCUCCCAGGUCAGGGUUGUACGUGAUCGGUAUCAGCGGGCUGGGUUUGGGUGAGAUCUGCUGUCCUUUCCUCAGUUCGUUCCAGUGUCUCAGGGUGUGUGUAAGUGGGGAGUCUUCUCCCAGUAUUAUGUGCGCGUCUGCGUCUCUGUGCCAAAUCAGUGUGUGUAGUCUUUUCUCGGUGGAUUCCCUCCAGAGCGCUACCCACCUUCUGUCGGGUGUAUCCGUGUGGAGUUCCUUGAGCCUCUGCAGUACUGUGGCCUGGUGGUAUUUUCUGACGUCGGGAAGAGCUAGCCCUCCCCAGCAUCUUGGUAAGCAGAGCUUGUCAAAGCUAAUGCGGGCCUUCUCUCCUCUCCAAAUGUAUUGUGUGAUUGCUGUUUUGAGUGUCUUGAAAAAUGUCUGCGGAAUCGCCUGUGGGGCUGUGUGAAAUAUGUAGAGUAGCCUCGGUAAAACAUUCAUUUUUAUCACUGCAAUUCUCCCCAGCCAAGAUAUGUGGGGGUAGUGCCAUCUUUUAAGGUCUUCGAGUAUGGUCCUCAGGAGGGGUAUGUGGUUUUGGGUGUAGAUGUCUUUAGCCUCGCGUGUUACCCAUAGCCCUAGAUAUUUCAUUCGGCUUGUGCACCAGUGGAAAGGGUAUUGCUGUUUAAACUGUGCGCAUUCUUCCUCCGGGACGGUGACGUUUAAGAUUUCGCAUUUCGUCAGGUUCAAUUUGAGUCCGGAUAAACGUCCGUAUUUUUCGAAUUCCAACAUUAGCUGGGCAGCGGAGGUAAGCGGGUUCUCGAGGAAAAAUAGCAUGUCGUCGGCGUAUGCGGCCACUUUGUGUUCAUGCGUUCCGUGUCUGAAGCCCAGUAUUCCCUCAUUUUUCCUAAUGCUGUCUAGAAGCGGCUCUAGUGUGAGGGCGAAUAGUAGGGGUGAUAGUGGACAGCCCUGCCUCGUGCCAUUCUUGAUGUGGAAGUCAUCCGUGAGUGCCCCAUUUACUCGAAUCCUAGCAGUUGGUUGGUUGUAUAGUGCCGUGAUCCAUGUGAGCAUGCCGUUUCCAAGACCUAUCGCACGUAGUGUUUCCGUCAUGAAGUGCCAAUCUACUCUGUCGAAGGCUUUUUCGGCAUCCGUCGACAGUAGUAGUAGCUUCGUUCCCAUUUUCUUUGAUAGAUGUUGUAUAGCGAAAAGCCUUAGGGUGUUAUCCCUGGCUUCUCGGCCAGGUAUGAAGCCCGUCUGGUCUGGGUGUAUUAGUCUAGUCAUGUGUCUUUGUAGUCUUGUAGUCAGGACCUUUGAGAACAGCUUGACAUCAGCAUUGAGGAGUGAGAUCGGGCGGUAGUUUCCGACUUGUUCGGUGUUCUUGCCCGGCUUCGGAAUUACCGCUAUUGUUGCGGUCAGGGUUUCUUUGUGGAAGGCUGUGCCGUCUCUCAGGCUGUUCAGGGCUCUGGUGAGAUGUGGUACGAGGGUGUGUCCGAAUUUCUUAAGGUAUUCCACCGGGAAGCCGUCUGGGCCCGGUGUUUUUCCUGUUUUCGCUUCUUUCAGUGCUAGUCGGAUUUCUCCUUCUGUGAUCGGGGCUUCCAGUUCCUCAGCCUCUUCCGAUGUGAGGGCGUUCGGUUGGAAGUUCCUCAGGUACGCUGUCGUGUCUCUCUGCUUCACAACCCCUGGGGGGUCUCCUUCGUCUUCUUUUGUAUUGUAGAGUUUAGUAUAGAACUUUUUAAAUUCGUUCGCAAUUUCUUCCGGAAAUUGUGUGGUACGGUUGUGUGUUGUACGUAUGGCUUGUACCUGUGCCCUGCUCUGUAUGCCUCUCAGCAUCUGUGCUAGGAGUUUUCCUCCUUUGUUGGCGUGUGUGUAGAAGAAGGCGCGCGAACGCUGUAUUGUUCUUGUAUGUCUGCGUUCUAAGAUCUCUGCCAGCUGUUUUCUAGUAGCCACCGAGUUCCCUGGUUUGCUGGCCGGCCUCCCUCUUGCGCUGGGUGGCCAUGCGGAUAAGGUGGCCUCUGAUCACGCUUUUAUGAGCUUCCCAGAGCGACAUGGGAGUCACGUCUUCUGUGUCGUUCUCCUCAAAAUACUGGUUUAGGUGCUCUGCGAUCUUUUCCCUCAUCUUCACAUCAGUCAACAAGGAAUCGUUUAGCCGCCAGGCUGAUUUAGUCGGUCUGAACAGGGGUGAAGCCACAGUAACCUGAGCCGCGCUGUGGUCCGACCAUGUCGUAGAGAGGAUAGCCGCCUUCUGUAUGUAUGUGAGUCCCUCCUGCUGUACUAGGAUAUAGUCGAUUCUGGAGUAUCUGUCGUGGACCGUGGAGUAGUACGUGUAGUCCCUUCCCUCAGGGUUAAACGCUCUCCAUGUAUCCACCAGCCUCAGAUCCCUGAGGGCUUUGUGUACUGUCUUUAGCGUCGCUGUUGGUACACUGCUAUGGCCCUUGGAGGUGUCCAUCUUAGGAUCCAGUGGGACAUUAAGAUCGCCUCCCAGUACGAGGGCACCUUCCGUGAAUCGGGAUAACUUCGUCAGUGUUCUCCUGAGGAAGCUUGCUUGGCCGCUGUUGGGUGUGUAUACCGUGGCAAAGGUAUAGAUCUUCUUUGCUAUCUCGCCCUUGACGAAGAGGAAUCUGCCUCCUGCAUCCGAUUGCGUGUCUAUUGGUUUGAAUUGUAGGUGUGAUGCCAGGAGGAUUGCCGUUCCAGCUUUGCGCGCCGUUGGGUGAUUACUGUAGUAGUUCGUUGGAUACGUUUUAUCCUUGAGCAGUUUGUUUGUUUCUGGUCUGAGAUGCGUUUCUUGGAGCAUUGCCACUGAAACAUGUUGUUGUUUGAGGCUGCGUAAGAGGUGUGACCUUCGUUCCGGGAUGUUGAGUCCUCUGCAAUUUUGGGAGUGCACCACUAAGGGUGACGGCGCGUACGCCAUUCGUAUUCCCCGUGAUGCCAAAUGGGUCAGCGUCACCGUGCCCACCCCCAGAGCCGAGGUGGCUCCGCGAGCGCACCCCCACGGGCCGGCCCAGACGCGUCCCGGCAAGCUCCCUCCUGGACAGUCACGGGUGAUCAGGGAGGGUAAGGUAGGGUAGGAGUAGGACUGGGUGGUGUUCGUGUGUUGUGUGUCCUUCCGUGGGCUGCUAGUGUUCGUGUGUGGGUAUUUGCCUCCCUUUCGUGUCUAAGAGUCGGACGCGGCUGUCCACUUCUCCUUUUAUUGCCGUGUGUGUGUUGGUGUAAGUGUCGUUUGGUUGUAUUCUAGCUCCCAAUGUGGGAAGGCUCCGUGCAACUGGGUAGAUAGUCAGAGCCGUACCGCCAGAAUUUACGUCCGGCUGGGCAUCGGCAGUGAGUCUCCCAAUGGUAGUCUACACGGGUAUUACGUCAGGUAGUAGCCUGUACCUUGUAGUGUGUUCGAAGUCUAUUAAUAUGGUGUGGGACGUCGUUCCCGCUAUAUGUGUAGCUAAGGUGCACCGUAUUGUACUGUAUGAGUAGUUCUAUGAUAACCAUGUCAGUGAGGUAGUGGUUGCGUCUGUCGUGGCCUAGGCCUAGUUCUAUGUAUCACGCGCAGUUAGCAUAACGAGUCAUCUCCCUAUAAAGCUGUCGGUCGUCUUGUUCACGGUGGAAGUCGGGGUGUCGUCUUUUCUCGAGGGGGCGUGUCCCGUAGGGGCCGGUUCGGGGGGAAUUUGUAUUGCCGUUAGGGGAGUUUCUGAGGGCCCCCGGGCAUGGUUGUGAGCUGGCGUGCAAUUACUGUUCUGCCCCUUACAGUUUGCUGUGAGGGAGUGGUGGUGGUGGUGCCGUCAGGGCUUACCGUGUCGUGGGUGUCGUCAGGGUCUGUGAUUUGUGUGGGGGAGUGCACUCCUCCGCUCUGCGUCAUGUUAGGGACCUUAACAGAUUGGGCUUUCAGCUCGCCACCUCGUUUCUCCUCCGUAUCCCCUCCGGGUUACUGUAAGGCGGGGUAAUGUCAUCAUUCAGGUAUACAGAGAGUCAUGUACAUACAUUUGCAUACAUUUCUGGUUAAACUUUUCCCCCCCUUAUCUCCCCCUCCCCUAUCAACUCCCCUCCCCUCACCCCCCAUCCCUCCUCAUAUAACUUUAUUCGGGGUGCGACCAGUGUAGCCACAUUAGGAGGAAAGAGAGAGAGAGAGAAGAAAAAAAAAAAAGGGGGGGAGAGAGGGGAUAUAUGUAGAUACACAUUGAGGUGAAGCGUUGUCGCAUGUAUUGCAUGUCUCCACUUGUCCAUGUUCCCAAUUGCCUCCCUUUCUCCCUCCCCUUCUCCCUCAUCCCGGAGUCUCAGGGUUUUUGACCUUCUUUUCUCUUUUCUUUUUCUCCUUUUUUCCCUCCCUCUUCCCGCCCCCCGGGUGUAAUGUCCAAUACCCAUGACUCAAGCCCCCGUCUCCCCCCUGUCCCCCCGCACAGUUCCUUAGAAAGUACUUAUCAGCUGUCAUCCUGUGCCAAGCUUCUAUUGGCACGUGUCGUGCUCAGGACUCUAGUUUUUCCCCCUCAUCCAGGUGCAGUGUAUCCUGCUCAAGACCUUUAGUCCCUUUCCUUCUGCACGUGACUGUCGUAUCCCCCCUCCCCAACAUGUUGUCUUUCCCAGAGUUGUCUAUGUGGGGUCGCUGAGCAACCGCCCUUGGUAAUGAGUCAGCUCCAAGGUGGCGGGCUUUGCGGUGUAGUCAUGUCUUUGCUAUCGUCUUUAUGGCGGGUGGUUCUGGGUCUAGGCCAGCCUCGUUGCCUUCAGCCAGUGUUCUGGGUGGGGUGGGCGCCAUGGGGGUAUGUGUCAAAGUCUAUAGCGUUGUAUGUGUAAUUGUGUAGGUUACUUAUCUGUGCGUCCAUUGUGUCUUGUGUCUAGUCUUCUUUGUCUGCGGGAGAUUCCUCGCUGUGGCUGGGCUGCAGCGUGGCAAUAGUCGUCUGCCGUGUGGCCUAGUGGUCUCCGGGUUGUGCUUGUUGGUGGGCCGGUGGCUGGUGUCUGCGGGCUGGGAAGCCUUGCGGAGAGUCCUCUCUGCGGCGUCUCGGGGCUCUUGGCACCGGCUGGUUGUUCCUCUGUUCCAGGGGGCCCAGGACCCAGUCUGCUACUUCCGUGUUUGGCAGCCCCAUGGUUCGUAGGAAAUGUGGCACCUCAUCAGGCCAGCAUAGGGAUCUCCACUCAUUGUUGUGUCUUGCUGUGAGGCAGAAUGGGAAACCCCACUUGUACGGGAUAUUGCGGCUUCUCAGUAGUUGCGUAAUUGGUCUCAGGGCUUUUCUUGCCUCUAGCGUGAGUGGGGACAGGUCGUGGUAUAGUGCUAUUUCUGAGCUGCCGAACCGCCACGUUGGUUUGGCUCUGGCUUUCGCCAUAAUGAGCUCUUUUAUCUUAUACUCAUGAAGACAGCAAAUUAUGUCUCUCGGCGGGCCGCCGUCCAUCCUAGGUCUCAGGGCUCUAUGCGCCCGAUCGAACUUGAUGUUCUGUGGAGCGUCAGGGCCCAGAAUUUCCAUGAAGAGAGCCGUGAGGGUAGCUGCAACGUCUUCUGCACCUUGAGCCUCUGGUAAAUUGCGUAUCCGUAUGUUUGCUCUGCGCCCCCUGUUGUCUAGGUCUUCCGUCUGUCUUCUCAGUUGCAGGAGCAUCGUGCCCUGUUUUGUUAAUGCUGUGUUGAUAGCCUCCAGCCUGCUCACUGUUGUUUGGUUCGUGGCUUCAAGGGAUUGUAUGCGGCCAUCUUGUGCUGCAAUGUCCCUCUGUAUGGUGGCUACUUCUGAUCUGAUAGCCUCGUGCAGGUUGGCAGACAGAGCCUGAAGGUCUGACUUGGUGACCAUGGCUGCAGUGAGGGCCCUGAUAUCAGCUCUUAUGUCUGCCAGGGAGGGGCUCUGUACCUCAGGGGUCUGUGGUGCUGCUGCCUGUCCGUCGGCCAUCUUGGUUCCCGGAGCCGCGCGUGUCUGCCUGGCCGGGGUUCGGAGAUACCCGUCUAGUGUGCCCGGGGUCUGCUGUUGGUGCGGCCGUCCCUCUGCUGGGUGGGAAUCUGGCCGUUUGUUUCGACCCAUCUGACAGGUCAGUGUGCUGCGGGUGCGCUUGUUGCUGCUGAGCGGGACGGAGCUCUGCGAUCAGGCAGCCAUCUCCUUCGGCGUCCAGGCCACGCCCCCCUGCCAUUUUAUUUUUACCUUUUUUUUUUACCAAAUCCACCAUUUUAUUUCUACCAAAUUACUUACUAGUCUAAUUUCCCAUUGGAUUCACCCACUCCACUAUUUUUAUAUUUACAUAUUCACUCACUAAUUGUCAUCUAAUUACGUACUCCACCAUUUCAUUUUUUUCUGUUCGGCCACUCCACAGUUGAACUAUUUCAUGAACACAGACACCUUCAGCAUUUUUCUUGAUGUACUUCUAUGCUAUUGUGAUUUUAUUGAUUUUAUCUUUAAAAAGAAAAAAAAAAUCCUACAAUUUAUAGUCUGACAGGGAUUUGUUAUUCUCGGUACUACUAUCCCUACCUCACAAAGUCAUAAUUACUUUAACAGGCCUCUUCUCUUUGUACUGAUGUUCUUUCACAUUCAGUGUGUCCGCUUCUGCAAGGUAGCCAUUUGUCAAGUCUGUUUGACUAUUGACUGUAUGAACACUAUCAUUCCAACUACUUGCUAUUUAUGCCACUACGUGGGUUAUGUUCACUUAACAGCAAUUUUAAGUUUUUAACAACUGACUUGGAGUGAUUUUGAAUAUUUCUUUCAAAGUUGCUGUUUUGUUUCAAAUGUUGCAAGUUUUUUUUUAAACAGUUGCAUUCCCCUGACUGAACAACUGACAAGUGACAUGAAGUCUGUAUGUGUUUUAACAAAACCUGUUAAGGAUAACUAUUGUGCAGCUUCCCUCCCUCAAACCCUUUAUGUAAUUUGCUCUAAUUCUUUUGUGAUCUUUUUGAUUUGCCUGCCUAAACAAAUAGGGGAUAACAUUUUUAUGUGGUGUUGUCAAAAGGCCGCAAUGUGGUGUUUUCCUGUGGCUGUUAAAUGCCAGGGAUGUGUUACAAGUUACAUUUAGUUAAUUUUAUACAGUUGUGUUAUAAAUAAAGUGUUUUAAGUUAAAGAUGUUUUAAAUUCCUUUCAAUAAAGGCCUUACUCUAUAGUUAAACAUUUGUUUAUAUGGGAUUAUUUUAGUAGUCAUAUUUUAAGUUUCCUUUCCGUAACACAUUGGUAAAAUGCUCCUUUUUGCCAAUCUGCUUUGUGACUUACUUAGUUCCUCAUAACUUUACUCCCUUCAAGUUUCUUCUUCCAUGUUUAUCACUAUUUCUGUCAUUUCUCCUCCUUUAUCUAGAUCUCAAGAUGUCACCGAUAUGCUGACUGAGGACUUGCUGCAGGUAAGAGAGUGGUGUAUUUGCAUGUUUUGUAUAUUUUUAUGAUACCACCAGGUAACAAUGCAUGCUUAAGCAGCAUUACAUAGAUAAGGUAGAUGAAAAAGAAAAUGAAUAAUAAAAAGGUACAUAGGCCUUGGUUUAAUAAGCUUUCCAAAUGGUUCAAUGCUGUUGGAAAAACCUUCCAAAUUAUUUAUCUACAAAAGUCACCUUUAAAUUCUAUAGGGAUCCCUGUAGAUAAAUCAUUUGGAAAGUGUUUCAGAAUUGAUUGAUUUGGAAAAAUUAUUAAAUCGAGGCCUUAUUUUUUGUCUAAUACCUAUAUAAUGUUUAUGAACAACAUUAUGAAAAACCAUUGAUACUUUUAUGUUUAUUGCACCGUUUAUAAUGGCAAACAUCAUUACAGCACAAGGUUGUGGUACUCUGGGUUUUCACGACACAGGGUUAAGCAUUGUAGGUUUUGUGAGGUGCUGGGGUUGUGGGUACCGGCUUUCAAAAAACUGUAAACUGUACUCGCGCUCAGCCAGGCUUUUCAGCACUAUUGCUGCAUUGCAAAGGGAAGGUGACAUUUAAAAGUCACCAUUUGUCAGGCAAAUUUUUCAUGUUUAUCCUCUGAAGCAGAUAUCUCAAACUCUGCCCACCAAAUUGUUGCAGAACUGCAUCUCCCAUGAUUCUUUAGUCAUCUAUUGCAUUCAAAAAUGUUUGGGAGUUGUAGGAUAUCAACUACCAUAGUUUGAGAUCCCUUGUGAGUAUUAUCAGCAAAUUCCAAAUUCCAAGCUUUUUUCCAGUAUGGCUAAUGUUGCCUAAAAUUAUUAUUCACUUUCAAUGCCUGACAAUCAACCUUUUAUUGAAUAAUCUUGUGGAAAUAUAUACAAAUGAGAUAGAGGAACACAUGCACUACUGGCCACUAGCAUACAGGGGUUUUGGACUGCAGCCUGACAACAUUCUUCUGUGGAUUACAAUAUCAGGUGUAUUGGAAUGUUUGUUGGCAGACAGGAAUUGUGCAGUGCUAUCUCAACACAGUGUUGGCUUGUGCUUGAUUUGGUGGCCACUGUUCUUCAGAUGGGAGAGGCCUGCUGGGAUCCUACUGUACUGCUGUAUCUGUGAUUGACUAGGCUGCCAGACUAUGAUAAGUAAGUAUGAUGUUGGGAAGAAAAAAAAAAAAAAAUCUUUGCCAAUGCUCUAUAAGUAAAUUUGAGAGCCAAAAAGGGCUACUAAUUUGUACUUUGGACCCAAAGAUUUUCCAGCCAUCUACCAAAUGUAUAUGUAUAUUUAUAACCUUUUUAGUUAUUUUCUUUGGGAGGGGGCAGGGGGAAUAAGAUUUCUGCUAAAUAGUUCUAGAUCUGCCAUGGUUUUCUGGAUAUAUAUAUUGUGUGCACUAAACAUGGGGGUUAUAUAUAUAUAUAUACAUAAAUAUAUAUAUAUAUAUAUAUAUAUAUAUAUAUAUCCUGAUCAAUGCUGAUCAAUCAAUGUAUGCAUGUAUAUAUAUAUAUAUAUAUAUAUAGAGAGAGAGAGAGAGAGAGAGAGAGAUUUAGUAUUUCAGCAGAGCGAAUUCAUUGCCUUGCCAUUUGUAAAAUGUAUAAGUCGCAGUGUUCCCUUUGGACAAUCUCCCUACAUAUUGCUGCAAAGCUCUUUUCAUAUACUGCCUGACAGGAAGUUGGAGUGAUAGGUGCCCAGGAAACCAUGAAGGACCAGAUAGCUUUUUGCCAGGCCUAUGAUUUGAUAUGACUGGUAGAGAUAAAUAUAGGUAGGCACAUGAAUAACCAGGGUGAAUAAUUCAAGCGAUAGGACUGGACACUGUGAUGAGGUCCACAGGCUGACUUUAUAGGUCAGGAUACAAUGCCCAAUAAAAUCUAGGAUUAAUUGGGUCAUAACACAAAAUGAAUUACAAUGUAAAAGAGGGGGAGGAGAGGUUGAUAGAGAUGGUGCUUGUGUGUAGGUACAUUUGUGAAGCAAUAACAUUUGCUGAGCCGAGGGUUGGGUGGACAGAUGUUAAGAGAGAAAUUACAAAAGAAGACUAUGCAUUGUCCCAAGCACAACUUUUGCACUGGAAUAAUGACAUUUUUAUAUAUAUCAUAAUUCAUGGACACAAAAGUGUGUAUGUUUAGUGAAUUGAUUUUGUGUGGAUUCUGAAUUUCUGCUCUCCAUUUUUUUAACCAUUAAAUGAUAUGAUAUUGGUAUGGAAUGAUACAAAAUUGCCACUGCAUAUCCUUCAACUGAUCAUGUUGCCUAUAUGUAAACUCUGGUAGUGUGUGCUUUGCUAGUGGCACAGAGGAUUUCAGGGAGGAAACCUGAAUCACAGGCUGAAUUACAGUUCAGAGCACAGUGAUUUGUGGUUCAUGCACAUCAGAUGAUUUUAAGGUAAGCAGGAGAACCACUUAAAAGAGGAUUCUCGUGAUUACUAGGCAUGGCUUGCUGUAAUGCAUUCUUCUUCAUUGUAUUCUAUUAUUUUUGCCUUUUUAAAUCUGUGCAUUUGCUAGCAAUUUGGAUAGCAAAAUGUAUAGAUGAAAUUUAGUUAUUUCACUUAAUGCAAUUAAAUCACACUUUAAUGAACUGGAGACUAGAGUUAAAAAAAAAAUUGAAUAUAUUUGCUGUUAAAGACUGCUACCUGCUCACCAAUGCCUUACAGCUGACCUGAUUAAGGUUGAUCAGCAUGUGCCUAAGUCGAUGGCAGACUUUAGACUUCUGCCCAAUGAGGUGAUCUCAAACAAAUUCCAAGGAUUAUUCUGUCACAAGCUCUGUCCCAUCAGGAUGGCGUCGGAUGUGAAUUGAUACUAUAUGUCAUUCUGGGUGCAAAUUUUGAUGUGGACCGCUCCAUCCCUGUGUCCAUUUAUUUCCAGUAUUACCUGUCUUAUUUUAUUUUGGAGUCACAACCAUCUUCUUCAUUUCCGUGAUGCAGGAAAAUUUGACCAGUCCAAUGAAAAUCCACAUUUGGGUAUUUAAGACUACUCUUCGGUUUGCCAAUUGCCCUUUUGUGGUCUCUGAUACAUAAGAGUGUGUUGAGAAUUCUGUGUGCUUCCUUUGGUUUAUUGUUUUCCCACAAUUCUGCUAUCCUGUACCUUUGCUAAUUUUACGAGAUUGUGUAUUUUUGUGUUUUGUGACCUCUGCUUGUUCCUUAGUAUAUCUUCUGGCUGUCAUCAGACUCGUUAUCCUUAACUUUAAAGGGACAUGCAUCUUUUGAAAAAUAUUUUUUUAAACCAGCAAGCAAACACUUGUAAACCAAUAUACAAACCAAAAUAAAGCAAGGAGAACUUUGAACUAUUAAAAAGUAUGUAAUAAAUGAUUAUAAAGUUGGUCAGAUUGCAUUAUUAAAUACUACACACAAUACACAAGAUCCAGCGCAGUCCUUCAUCCACUAAACAGCAACUUCAAUGUUGACAGAUUUUAAUAUUAAAAACAAAACAAAAAAACACCUAAUCUAGGCAAACAUAAUGGGGGUUUAGUUACAUUAUAUGAUCAUACAUUGCAUAAACCUGCCACAUCGUCAAUGUACCCCAUCUUUGGCAGGUCCUACACUAACAGCCUAAUGUCUGCUCUUAUGAGAUUAACCACUUACUUGGGGAAAGAAAUCCAACUAGGGCUCUCUGCAGUACAAGGCUAAAUAGGGCCCUGGGAUGAGGCACCUGUGACAAGGAGGAGUUCAAAAUAAAAUUUGUUGGCUACACUCCCAAAGAUUGCUUUAUUUAGGCAAGCCUCUAAGGUAGGGUAGUUUCUUCAGCCUCCCUUUAUACCCACACACCCCUGUUUCAGAACAGUCCACUGAUGGCAGAAAUAGGGUAUUAGCAGUAUCUGCAGUAGCAGGAGAUAGAAAACCAACACUGGAGCCUGGUCUACAUGAUCACACUGAUCAGACUCCAUCUCUUCUCCCCCUGUUAGGAUAUUGCAAGGCAAAGAGAUCUUCUAACUGCACAUGUGUAAAUCUGUCAAGCAUGACCAAUGAACUUUUCCACCAUUCUUAGGGAUCUAACCAAUCAAUGUCCUCACUGGAGUAGGUGUGGAAAGCAUAAGAAAGAAAAAGAUUUAAAAAAUAAAUAAAUAAAAUUUACCAGCUUUUUUCAGCCUGCAGAGUGAGACAGUUGUCUCAAAGUGAUGUGUGUCCCUUUAAGCUCAUCCAUUUUAAGGACCAGUAAUGCAUUUUUAUACUGUUUAUCCUAGGUUUGUUUGUUGGGGGUAGAUUAGUCUAAAGCAUUGAACUAAGAGAUUUCAUAUUAUAGCUUGUUGGGAUCAUAUUGUCUCAUUUAUUUCCAAGAAUACAUCUAUAAAUACAGAUAUUUUACAGGGAAAUAGUUUUUUUUUUAAUUCAAUAUGGGACAUAUUGUAGAACAUAUUUUUAAAAACAAGUUCCUGUACAGAAAGAGGAACUGAAGCAACUCUGUUUCCAUGUGUUUAGUUCUAAUUAUCCAGAGAAAGUCUAUUGUGUAAUAUCAUCACUUGACUACUAAGAUUUAUUUAUUGUGUGCUUAGUGGAAUUGUACCAAUAAUGAAUUGAAAAUAAAAGUAGUAACCUCGCCCUAGCCCUACUAAUGGAUUAUUUUCUCUUUUGUGACUGUCAGGCAGACCAGCAGGUAGAACCAGUGAAAAAAGUGGCUCACCUUGUUGGAAAACGCUUGGCUAGCUGUAUGCAAGGCCCCCUAGGUUCCGACAUGGAGAAAAGACUGGUGAGCUUUGCCAAACUGUAAUCGGUUAUUGCUUAAAACUGGUUGUACUGUGUUUGACCAAUUAAUCUUUCACUAUUGGGUUAUAUGAAUUUUAGAUGGUGUUCUUUGAAGAAUAAACAACACAAUUUCUGUCACUUUUACAGAAAAAGUUGGCCCUGAUGUCUCUUUCACUAGCAAUGGCUGAUUGUAUAAAGGAAAUUGACUUUGAGUCAAGUCUAAGGUGAGCGAAUAUGAGUCAAUACACAAUGAAACAAUGCAUAUAACUCCCCAUAAGUAGACCUCCAGUGUGUUGUUUUAUUAAUUCAGCUAGUAAAUCCAUAUUUCUGAAUAUAGAGAAUGAUCAGAACUAUAGACACUGUGUAAAAGACAAUGAUAUUGAAUCUUCUAACACACCCAUAGAAUGUUAACCAUCACACAGCCCACCCGUUCAUAACCAGCCCAAUAUAGCUUUUUACCUCUUCUUACAGGAGGACACUGGAAAUGGGUUGCUGGGUUGAGACCACACUGGCUCAAGAUUUGGCGGAGUUUGAAAUUUGCAUGGAGAGAGAUGUAUUACAACCACUAAACAAGCUUAGUGAGGUAAUGUAACCUUUCCUUUCAGACGGAACUCUGUCUUAUGCUAUCUCUAAUUAUGAUCUGUAUAUUAACCUCGCUUAUCUCACCACUUCUCCCACUAUCAUUAUCAUCUGUUUCACUCCUUACAACCGUUGUUUUCACUUGCUUUACCAGCUUCCCCACCAUUACUUGUAUACCCUACAACAGGGAUAAGUAACCUUUGGUAUUCCAGAUGUUAGGACUUCAUCUUCCAUCAUGCUUUGCCAGCAUUAUGGUUUAAGAGCUUUACAGGAGAUGUAGUCCUCCACAUCUGGAUUGUUGAAGUAUUCCCACAACAUCAACUCCCACUACCUUCUUGACCAGUUUCAUGCCAUCACUGUAUCCUGCCACCAUUAAUAUGAAAUGCUCCACCAGCCCCCACACCACCAUUUACCCCAAGCGAUUACUUUGGAAACUUACCGGCCAACAUCACCUGCUUUACCACAUCUCCCAUUGUCAUUAUCACAUGUUUAAUUGUCUCCGCUGCCAUUGUUGUUACUUGCUCCACCAUCAUUAUUACCAACUUCUGGCAAUCAUUUUCACAUGUUUCACCAACUCCCACACCAUCAGUGUCACCUGCUUCAUCUGCAGCCCUCCUCACCAUUGUCACCUGCUUUAUCAGCUUCACUACCGUAAUAAUCAUCUGCUUAUUCUACCUCCAUUAUUCUACCUCACUAUGGCCUGCAAUCCCAUCUUUACUUUCUGUUUCGGCACACUUGCUCCAUUACUACCACCUACAGCCCCAUCUCUCCCCCCUCAGGAGGAAUUACCUGCCAUCCUAAAGCGCCGUAAACAGCUUCAGAAGUUGAUCACAGACUGGAACAAUACAAAAAGCAGGUGAUGAUAAAUAUAAUUUCAAAAUCUACAUGUAAACCUGUGUAACAGGCAUAUACACCGAGCUAAGUAUCACUAUGUAACAGGAGUAUUUGGGUACACAGUACUGGUUGGUGUGUAUAGGUACUACAAUUUGACAGGUGCGUACAUGCACACAUACCUGUAUAUGCAUGAGUACAAAUACCUCUCUGUGAGAGGACUGUUAUUGUCCCGCCAAAGCUAUAUGACAAGUGUAUGUAUAUACGUAGAUAUUCUGUUAUGUGACAUGUAUAAAAGUACAAAAAAGAAAUUUUGUAUUUAAAAUUCUGUUUUAACUGCAGAUUAUCUCAAGCUCAAAAGAAUAUUUCUGGGGGGCAGGGAGUAGGCAGCACAACAACCCCAGCCAAACUGGAAAGUCUCAAGGAGGAGGAAGAGGAGCUGAGGAGAAGACUCGAACAAAGCAAGGUAUGUGAACAUAAUAUAGACAUAGAUAGUAGUGGAUAUAAAAAAACACUAAAACACUCCCAAGGGUCAUGUAUCUGAUGGGGAUGGUGCUGGAGGGAAAGAAGACAGCAGCUAUAAGAAAACACAUGCCCUAUGCUAAUCUCUCUCUAAUUUAUGUUUUCAUCUUUCAAGUAAAUCCAUGACCCCUAACACCAGUGUCCAGUGAAGCAGGAAGUCAAUGGGUGCGGUAAAAGGGUGUGCCACUGAUGCAAAUCACAUAACCUGCCAAAAGGGGUGAACAUGCCCAAAAAGGGGGCAUGUCUGCCCAAAGAAUUGGAAGGCCAACCUGGCAUGAAUGCAUGUCAGGCUGCCUUCCAAUCAUGCAAGCUGGCCAACUAAGGGCAUACUAUGCAGACAGUAUAAUGAUGCACGUACUCCACGCUUUCUACGGACUGUCCCCUAGAACUCACUGUCCUGGUAUAUAAUCUGGGACAGAGAAAAGCUGUAUGUAGUGAGUGUAGAAGAAAGGGAACAUGCCACAGUGUUAGAGAGACCAAAGUCAGCAUUACCUUAACUAAUUUCAUUGUCAGCUAGUCCACACAAGUUUUGUUCCCAUACAUCCUUCUUAAGAUUCCAUACUUAAGCAAGAGUAUGGCCUUACAAAUUUGCAUAAUAAUUAUGUAUAGGUGACAUCACAUGAUGUAAAUCACAAGGAGUGGCAUAAGAGAAAAUGCUGUUAAAUCACCAAAAAAACUACUUACAGUUUGAUUCUGCUGUAUAGAUUAAUUGCUCCCAGUGUCUCCCUGUCUCCCAGUGUCCCAGUGUCUCAAGUCUCCCACUGUCUCAGUGUCCCUAUGUAUCAGUGUCCUCAUGUCUUGCAGUGUCUCAGUGUCCCCUUGUUCCCCAGUGCCCCCAUGUCUCCCAGUGCCCUCAUGACUCAGUGUCCCCCUGUGUCGAUUACCCCAGGUCUCACAGUGUCCCUAUGUAUCACAGUGUCUCAGUGCCCCAUUUCUCCCAGUGUCUCCUAGUCUCCCCAUGUCCCAGAGUCCCUUAGUGUCAUGUCUUUAGGUCUUCCAGUGACCCUAUGUAUCACAGUGUCUCAAUGCCCCAUGUCUUGAAGUGUCCUCUUGUGUCUCCAUGUCGCCCAGUGUCCCCAUGUCUCCCUGUGUCCCCCAGUAUUCCCAUGUCUCUCAGUGUCCCCAUGUCUCCCAGUGUCCCCUAGUUUAUGUGUCCCCAUGUCUCCCAGGGUCCCCAUGUCACUAGGACACUAGGAACACUCAGAAACAUGGGACACUGUGAGGCAUGGGGACACUGAGACAGGGGACAUUGGAAGGCCUGGGGACACUGAGAGAAAUGGGGACAUUGAGACACUUGGGGCACUGGGAGACAUGGGAACACUGGGAGACAUGGGGACACUGAGAUAUCAGGGACACUGGGAGACAUGGGGACACUAAGACACUAGGGACACUGGCUGGGACACAUGGGGACACUGGGAAACUAGGAGACACUUGAAGACAUAGGGACACUGAGACACCAGGGACACUGGGAGACAUGGGGGCAGUGAGACACUUGGGACACUGGCUGGGACACAUGGGGACACUGGGAAACUAGGGGACACUUGAAGACAUGAGGACACUGAGAGACCAGGGACACUGAGAGACCAGGGACACUGAGAUACCAGGGACACUGGCUGGGAGACAUGGGGACACUGGGAGACAUCGGGACACUGUGUCCCUAGUGUCUCAGUGUCCCCAUGUCUUCCAGUGUCCCCAAGUGUCUGUGUCAUAAUGUCUCCCAAUGUCACUUAGUGUCUCAGUAUCCCCAUAUCUCCCAGUGCCCCCAUGUCUCCUUGCAGCCUUUCCCCCCAUCCCUCACUUCUCUGAGCUGUUUGUUUGUUUUUUUAAAUCAGUGCGCCCAUUUCACGGGCAUGGGCCUGGAGCUGCAGCUCCAUCAGCCCCUAUGUUAAUCCGGCCCUGCAGGUAACUAUAUAUUUAUGCAAGUUUACGUAUAUUUAAUAUUUUUGUACCCAGAAAAAAGGUUAUAUUCAUAUUAAAGAACAUUUUAUUUCUUCUUGUAUCUAAAUUGAAAACUAUUCUGGGAGUUUUAUUAUCUCGCAAUUUUUUUGAAAAAUCAUGUUUGCAUUUUCAGAGAGCUUUUGGUGAGGUUACAAGGCUCACUAUGCCAUAUGAUUGCCAUUUCUUCUGAGGAAUUAAUGAGAACCACUUGCAGGUGUGCACAGUGCAAGUAUGAUUGGCUUACUUCUGUUGAAGUCAAGGUAUGGCUGUAUCAGGUGUGUGUGUGAGAAGAUCCAAUUGGUCUUUAUAGGGGAAUUACUGCACAUGUGCUAGUCCCUGGUAUAGAUCAACUUUACUAGACUUAAUGAGGAAUUUAUACAUAUUUACAUGAGUGAUUUUUUUCUUUUUGUUUAAAGCAUGAUUUAUAAUGCAUGAAAAGGGGUGAUCCAAUCUACCUUGGACUAAUGCUUUAAUAUGCUUUUAAAUCUAGUUUAACAACUUCUUUCUGUGUUACCAAAAGUCUAUCAAUCAUAUCAUUGCAUUCUCCUAUAUUACUGUAUGCUGUUUAUACAAUUUUUAUAACAUGCAUUUUAUAACAUGCAUUAAUCAUUAUAGAAAUCUUAAGUUUCAUCUUCUGAAUGCAUGAUGAAAUAUUCAUAUUGUAAUCUGUCUACAAGUUCUUAUGUUAUGUUUACUAUAAUAGAUUCAGUAGAUUCAUAUUUAAAGGUGCAUUCCGGGGUCCAAUACAACUUUAAUCCAUUUGAUAGAUUUUGGGCUCAUUAAUAUGCUGUAUUUUUUGCAUGCUUACAUCUUUAUAGUUUUUGCAUUAAAAAACAAAAUAGCAACGUUUUGCAGAAGCCUUUCUCUUUAGUCAUACAUUUGAUAAGGAAGUGUUUCUGGCAUGAGGGGUUGUGGCUAAAGAGGCAGGCUUAAGUGCAACAUUCUGCAAACCAUGUAUUUACCUUUAUGCAAAACUUUUUUAUUUUUUGUGCAAAACUCAAAGAUUUGAGCAUGCAAAAAAAUACAAUAAUACAAUAUACAAUAUAAUAAUGAGGCCUACACCUAUUAAAUGCAUUGAAGUAGUAUUGGUGCCCAGAAUGUCCUUUUUAGUUUUUGUUAAUUUCUUUGCAUUUUGUUGUGGUAUUUACCACUUAAAAUUUUUUGUAAACUAUAUGUGAAUGACAUAUUGAUUGGAACAUAAUCUGAUUAGCUAGUAUGAAUGGUUGAUUGAUUUUGAUUUGUUCGCCAGCUGUAUUGAGCAAAGUUAUAUGAUUUAUUUUUCCCAAAAUUGCUAUCCGAUUUUUUUUUUUUUUUAAAUUUGAUUUGUGAAAAUCAAUGUCUAUCAUGGAAUUAUUGCCAUCAUUUAAAUUGUGUAUCUAAUAGUGGACACCUGUUUAUAUUGGCAUAUUCUUACUUUAUGAAUUAAUUUAACUACAUGGCAGAGAAGUAGUGCUUCAUAUUAUUAUUAUUUAAAAAUAAUCAUUUUUUUAUACACAUCCUUCUUGCUUAUAUCAAAAGAGUGCGAUAUAAACAUAUCAAACAAAGCAGAAUGGAAAAGAACAAUAAAUAGUUUUCUGUUUGAAAGCCAGAAGCACUUUAGCAAAGCCUGGUUAACAGGGCUAUGCACUUUAAGAGGAUAGUGUGGCGUGGGACUAACAAACUAAAACUAAUGUACAAAUAAAUUAUGACUAAUGAACAAAAUAAAUAAAUAAAUAAUAGAAUGUCAUCUUUAAUCCUUGUAGGGCAAGCUUUAACAAAUCCAGGUAACGUAAGUGAAACUUCACACUGAGAAUGUGUGUCACCACCUGUCAAGUGAAAUCAAAAGCAGAUGGUUAGGCAGUGGCUUAAUGACAGGCAACAGAGGGUUGUAAUAAAUGGAGUAUAUUCAAAGCAAGGUCUUGCCACCAGUGGGGUACCUCAGGGAUCUGUACUUGGACCCAUUCUCUUUAAUAUUUUUAUUAGUGAUAUUGCAGAAGGUCUUGAUGGUAAGGUAUGUCUUUUUGCUGAUGAUGCUAAGAUAUGUAACAGGGUUGAUGUUCCAGGAGGGAUAAGCCAAAUUGCAAAUGAUUUAGGUAAACUCGAAAAAUGGUCAGAGCUGUGGCAACUGACAUUUAAUGUGGAUAAGUGCAAGAUAAUGCAUCUUGGAUGUAAAAACCCAAGGGCAGAGUACAGAAUAUUUGAUAGUUGAGUCCUAACCUCAACAUCUGAGCAAAAGGAUUUAGGGGUAAUAAUUUCAGAUGACUUAAACGUAGGCAGACAGUUUUAAUAGAACACCAGGAAAUGCUAGAAGAAUGCUUGGUUGUAUAGGGAGAGGUUUUAGCAGUAGAAAGAGGGAAGUGCUCAUGUCAUUGUACAGAGACCUCACUUGGAGUAUUGUACGCAGUACUGGAGACUAGAUCUCCAGAAGGAUAUUGAAGGACUACUAAGCUGGUUCAUGGAUUGCAGGAUAAAACUUAAAAGGAAAGGUUAAAGGAACUUAACAUGUAUAGCUUGGAGGAAAGACAAGACGGGGGAUAUGAUAGAAACAUUUAAAUACAUAAAGGGAAUCAACACAGUAAAGGUGGAGACUAUAUUUAAAAGAAGAAAAACUACCACAACAAAAGGACAUAGUCUUACAUUAGAGGGGCAAAGGUUUAAAAUAAUAUCAGGAAGUAUUACUUUACUGAGAGGGUAGUGGAUGCAUGGAAUAGCCUUCCAGCUGAAGUGGCAGAGGUUAACACAGUAAAGGAGUUUAAGCAUUCGUGGGAUAUGCAUAAGGCUAUCCUAACUAUAAGAUAGGGCCAGGGACUAAUGAAAGUAUUUAGAAAAUUGGGCAGACUAGACGGGCCGAAUGGUUCUUAUGUGCCAUCACAUUCUAUGUUUCUAUGUUCCUAUGGUCUUCAUUGGGUACAGAAAAAGCAGUUUUGAUGUAUAACUAACUUUUAUAAUUUUUUAAUCAAUGCAACAUGUUCAGCAGCAUGCAUGUACAACCUUGAAUAAAUUAAUUUGUAAGUAAACAUCUUUACAGCUCAUCGACUAAGGAAAUAGAUGCUGUCCAAUUACAGGGGGGCAUGGUAUUAUGUAAAUGCAUAGAGCUCCCACUGAAAACAACAAGAAGACUGAAAGAAAUUCAACCAGUUUGUGGUCUCUGCCAACUUUAAGAGGAAUUUUUUUUUGUUAAAGGAACACUAUAGGGUCAGGAACACAAACAUGUAUACCUAUAGUGUUAAGAACACUAUAUACACCCCCUAGCCCCCCUUGCCCUCCUGAGUAUUGUGAAAUCUUCAAUUUUCUUUCACUCUGCUGGCACUGGCUCCUUGUCUGAUAUCAUCAUAAGUCAUGAUCUCAGGAAAUCACAUUUGGAUUGGUUUAGCUGAGAUAGCCAAGGAUGUGGGCUGGGGGGAUGGGGGAAGUUUUUAUCCAGAGUAUAAUUUCUAGAGAAGUGAUGGUUCCUCGUUAAGCUAAAUAUCAGUUAGUUGAUUGAUAAUUUAUCAUAAAUACACAUUUGGCUUACUAGAUCUCGUGUGCAAUAGUGAUAUAGCUAUAUUUCUUAUCAGCGCAGUAGGAAAUAAGAAAACCAUGUCAGUUAUCCUGAUAUUAAAUCAAGUAACUUAUUUACUUUACUGCAGAGAUACAGAUAUAUAAACAAAGUUAGUACAUAUAAUCUCACCACGUACCACAUGGAUUUAGUGUACAGUUUCUCCUCACCUGCUCUUUGAAAGGCCCAGUAAUGUGUGUGCCUGGACAUAUUAUACUUGGUUAAUAAGUUACUUAUCAGGUGUUUCCUGAUAAGUGACUUAUGCUCCCAAGCUUUCAGAAUUGAGAGUUUCCUACAUUUAGUAGAUGCCCCCAAGCUUUCAGAAUUAGUAGUAUGUUAAAAAAAAAAAAAAAAAUAUAUAUAUAUAUAUAUAUAUAUAUAUAUAUAUAUAUAAAUAAAACAAAAAAUGUAGCAGUCCAAGGUGGUUUUAUUUCAGCAACAUAAUAACUAUAGUUGACAAUGUUUGACUUCUAGUGCCCCUACAAUUUUUUUUUUUGUUAAAUUUAUUGCCUCCUCCCAGAGCAAUCUAUUGGUUUAGAAGAGUCCAAUUGACAUUUAUAAUUCUUCAUUUUCUUAAAGUGAACCUGUCAUGAAAGAACUGCUUUGCCUAAUGUAAGCUCUGAUCUUUGGUAAAUGGCAGAAUUUCUGCCACCAUAUCCUGCCAUUUACAGUGUGAUGUUCAUGACGUCUGAUGUGAACAGGCAUUCUAUCAUGUGAUGUGCAAUAAAUGUUUAUGGCACCUUAUUGUGCAAGUAUGAUAUUAUCUGUUCAACAUCUCACAGGAUCUUCAGUAAUGAUGGCCACCACCAUACAAACCAACAUUUCACUUUGCAAACCUCUCUUUGCGCCCUUCCCUCCCCCCAAAAUUCCCACCUCCCCAAAAUGCAGCUUUAAUUGAGCUAGCACUAUUGCAUGUGCCAGACAUGUUUUUUUGUAAGGUAUUUUGGUAACUUUUAUUUGUAAAUAUACAGCCACUGACUGCUUGUGGUUAUAUAAAAAAAUUAUAAUAAAAAAAUUGUGAAAAAUAAACCUUUGGGAUUUAUUGACUAGAACAAUGCGAUGAAUUGCAACAAUUAAGCUGGAAAAUAAUCAACUUCUAUUAUUUUGGUUUAAAUGUUUGUUUCUUGUUUGUCAGCUUAAUACAGCUCACUGCUUUUUAAACAACACCUUAAGCCACGAGUGUUCAUAUGAGACUUGUUAUUGUCAUUUGUGACUUUGUUUGCACAUAAAUAAAAUCUGAGCUACGGUUCAUAAGGGUUAGCUUUGGAGAAAAUUGUAAUUUGCAUACCUCAGUGGUAUUUCACCUUGGGGAAUGUUAUGUGCUUUUGUCAAGGCUAAGAACAAUGAGAUUACUGAAAGCCAAUGAGUUAGAAUGAUUGAUAUAUAUUAUAUUAUUUAUUUACUUUAAACAAAAACUGUGGCUCCACCGGCACCUAAAGUAGAGCCCCUCUUCUGUGACUCAUCCCCUCUUCUGUAACGCAGAAGUGCAUUUUGACAAUAGUCAUUCAACUUUGAAAGCCAGAAAAGGCAGAGAUACCUGUGAACCUGAGGAACCAGGCUUCAGAGAGAAGUAAUUGUGAAAAGAGAAAAAAAAUGCAAAGCACUCUAGGACUUUGUUGUAAAAAUAAAACUUAAAGGGAUACUAUAGGCAUCAAAGCAGCUUUAACUUUACAAAACAGUUUUGGUGUGUAGAUCAUGCCCCUGACAUCUCACUGCUCAAUUCCCUACCAUUUAUGGGUUAAAUCACUUUUGUUUCUGUUUUAUGCAGCCCUAGCCACACCACCCCUGUCUGUGGAUUAAUUUUUUUUUUUUGUAAAUAUUUUUUAUCUCACAUUUUCAAGUGAAAUAAUGAAACACCCGGCGAUUCGCAGGUCUCGAUCAAGGAUAACUGAGCAUGUAAAAUAACAACAAGAUUAUAAAGUAGACCUGCAGGUCUCAAAUCAACAUGAGAUGGUUCUGGAAUUUGCACAGGACUUCGUAUUUAGACAGGUGUUACUUAUCAAUAGAGACACACAGGUCUCACUAUAGCUGGUGGGGAAGCAGCUCUCAAGAUAAUUUCAAACCCUUGUAAAGUACAAAUAAAUACAAUCAAAAACAAGGUUAACAGCACUGGAACUUCAAAUUACAUACGUAACAGGAGGUGACGAUUUCCAAGAACAUGUAUCUUAAAAUAAAAAGAUAAAAUAAUAGUGCAGCGUAAUGAUAAACUAGUGCGAUAUAUAAAAUAAUGCCAAAGGAACAUUCGUGCUUUAUAGAGCUAUUGGCCUGGACGAAAUAAUCCCUGUUUUAGGAUGUCUUUGUAGAUAUCAUCAAUGCUUUGUACUUGAGUGGGUGAUGGUCAUCAUAUAUAAAAAAAUAAGAUAAAAAAUCCAAUGGUAUGGUAUGUAAAGUGACAGUGACUUUAAAAGGAUAAAACCAACUUACAUAACCUAGAGCAUGGAGCUGCUCUAGUGUAUAGAACUUUAGGUGGAACAAUUCCCACCUAUGGAUAUACGUGGACCCGAGUCAGCAACCUGAAUUGGAUGUGAGGUAAGUAUAUAAAGGGCUGGAUAUAUAUGUAGAGAAUAAGUACUUUAUUAAUAAAACUUGAUAUAUAAAAAAAUGUAAAUGAAAAUAAAUGAAUAUGAAAACCAGUCCUCUGGUGUAAAUUAGACGUCCUCACGCCUCACUUGAUGCGUUUCACCAAAGCGUUUUCAAAAGUGGAUUCUAGUGGUUUAGGUCGUGGUGAUUUAUAUUGUCUUUGGUUGAUAUUAGCUGGUUCCUGUGUGUAUCACGGCUGUUUCCAAUUUCCGCUCGUUGUCUUCUGAGGGUGAUGUGUGUCAUAUCCGGUUCCUUUAUGUUGUGGACUGUAGUCAUGUUAUGUAAGUCACCCGGAAAUGGCGUUUACGGAAGUAAUCUGGACGUUAUUUUUGGUCUGGGUGGAAAUCCGGUAUAGUUAUACAUAAAAGAAUAGGUUAUUGUAGGAAGUAAAUAAAUAUUAUAUGAGCAAUUUGGAUUAGCAUAAAUGUAAAUAUGAUAAAAUGUCACAGCACAGUGUAGAUCUACAAUUGUGGAAGUGGUCGCUAUGUAUUACAGAUUCUGCCUUGCGCCCGCCAUCUUAGAUGUUGGCAAUUGCCUGGAAUAGAAACAUAGAAUGUGACGGUAGAUAAGAAACAUUCGGUCCAUCUAGUCUGCCCAAUUUUCUAAAUACUUUCAUUAGUCCCUGGCCUUAUCUUAUAGAUAGGAUAGCCUUAUGCCUAUCCCAUGCAUGCUUAAACUCCUUCACUAUGUUAACUUCUACCAAUGUCGCUGAAGAUGUGUGUGUACAUAUAUAUAAAGUAAUACAGUUAUAUUAAAGGGCCUUAAUUGGUGACUUCAGUGUGAUUUCAAAAUUAAGACUGAAGAAUUUAUAUAUAUAUAUCCCUGGAUCUUCCUAGUCUUAAUUUUGAAAUCACCCCAAAGUCACCAAUUAAGGUCCUUUAAUAUAACUGCAUUACACACUGAUACUGGUUGUAUUGAGAGGACUGUUCCAAUCUCUCCAAACUGCAUUGCAAUACCUCUAUACUGCAAAAUGAAAUUGUAAGUAGUUUUUGUUAGUGAUUGAUGGAAAUUUCCUCUUACCAAUGUAUUUUCCUUUCCUAUUAUGUCACUCCAUGUGAUGUCAUGUCCUGUGAUGUCACACAUAUAUAAUUACCUGUGGAAGUUAGCAUGGCUGAUAUUUUUUUCUGAGAAAGGUGGCAACCAGGCCCGGAUUGCCCGGUGGGCCGCGGUGUCCAUGGGCCGAGGCCGGCAGGGGAGGUCCCAGGAUCUCCCCUGCCGGUCUAUGCAGGGCCGGCACUAUCCGAACGCCGGCCCCGCUGUCUUCCAUGGAGGGCCGGUGGGGAGAUCAAAGAUCUCCCUCACUGGCCCACAUGCUGUCAGAUCUGGCCGCCGGCGGGGAGAGAGGGGGGGAUAGAGCCAUCCUGGAGAGAGGACCCGGCGGAACUCUAACUUGCAGCUCCGCCGGGUUUCUCUCGCGAGAUCCGGAUCGUUGCUAUGGCAACCGGCCGGGUAUCGCGAGAGUGAACUCUAGCCCCAAACAUUGACACAGCACCCUAACACACACACACAGCACCCUAAAACCAGCACCCUAACAUUGACACAGCACCCUAACACACACACAGCACCCCAACACCAGCACCCUAACAUUGACACAGCAUCCUAACACACACACACAGCAUCCUAACACACACACACAGCACCCUAACACCAGCACCCUAACAUUGACACAGCACCCUAACACACACACAGCACCCUAACACCAGCACCCUAACAUUGACACAGCACCCUAACACACACACAGCACCACUCACACAGCACCCUAACACACACCCAGCACCCUAACACACACACAGCACCCUAACACACAGCACCCUAACACACACACACAGCACCCUAACACCAGCACCCUAACACACAGCACCCUAACACAGCACACAGCACCCUAACACACACACAGCACCCUAACACCAGCACCCUAACAUUGACACAGCACCCUAACACUCACACAGCACCCUAACACCAGCACCCUAACAUUGACACAUUGACACAUCACCCUAACACACACACAGCACCCUAACCUAACACUCACACAGCACCCUAAAACACACACAGCACCCUAACAUCAGCACCCUAACAUUGACACAGCACCCUAACACACACACACACACAGCACCCUAACACCAGCACCCUAACAUUGACACAGCAUCCUAACAUUGACACAGCACCCUAACACAUACAGCAACCUAGCACACACACACACACACACACACCCCAACACAUACACAGCCCCAACACAUACACAGCAACCCAACACACACACAGCACCCCAACACACACAGCACCCUCACACACACACACAUCACCCUCACACACACAUCACCCUCACUCACACAGCACCCUCAAAUACACAGAACCCUCGCACAGUGCCCUAACACACAGCGCCCUCACACACAGCACCCUCACACACAGCACCCUCACACACACAUACACUGCACCCUCCCACACACAUACUGCACCCCCCCACACACACAGCACCCUCCCACACACACUAUACUCCUCACAAAUGCACACUACACCCCUCACACACACAGCACCCCCCAAACACACUGCACCACUCACACACUCACUAGAUCUCCUAUACGCACUCCUGAGUCCUUCAAACACACACUAGAUCCCCUACACACAGAUGCUGCACCACUUACACACACACUACAUUUCUGACAUACACACUCAGGAUCCCCUAUGAACACACUAGAUACCCAUUAAGCAAACACAUAGUGUCUCCAUAAAUGGGAUACAGUGAGUAUUCCAAUUAUGGAAACCCCUGAAGUUUCAAGCAAACACAAUGCAAGCAUGUUAUUAAAUUUGCUUGCGCUGUGCAGAUCAAAUACAGGGCCCUUUUCUCAUGCCCUGGAAGAGCAUUGAACCAACAUGCUUACUUUGAGAUGGGGCGUGCUUGUCAUUGGGGAUGACAAAACACACCCUAUCUGGCCCCGCCCCCUUUUCAGUGGGCCGCUGUAAUUAAAAAUGCCCGGGCCGAAUUUUUUCCCCAGUCCGGCCCUGGUGGCAACCAUACUUUCUGUCAGCUGAUGUGCAGUUUAAUCAGAUAAUUUACAUUUGUUUCAUUGUGUGCAGUUGCCUAAAUAAAAACAUCGUUCACUGGAAUUAAACUGAAUUGCUGAACCAUUUUCUUGUUGUUUAAACAUAAAUCUAGGGUUGUAUGCAGCAUUAAGGAGUGCUACCAACUUCGAUCUUGCUACAAAAUUGACAUUUAAAAAUAAUUGUACUAAUGUAUACUAUGCCUUUAACAGGUCUGUGUCAGUCACAAUCUAAGUACAGUAUUUCUGUCAUACCAUAGAUUUCAACACAUUCACAGUUUCUAAAUAUUUUUGUGAAACAGACCCGGUUACAAACUAAAUCUCUGCUGAGUGGGAAAGCAGGGUGCUCGUGUAGGCAUGCAUGGAACUAUGUGUCAGUCCUUCAUAGAAAGAAGGAAGCAAUUACAUACAUUUCUACAAAUGUAAUGCUGGUGGUUUUUAUUUUAAUUUUAUUUUUUGCUAUUUCCUUUUUUUUUUAAACCAAGCUGUCGUGCUUCUGUUUGGAACAAUACCUAGUAAGCUGCUGUUUAAAAAAAAAUAUUAUUGUUUAUUGUAUUUUUUGUCUAUUGGAUGCCUUUGUGAUUCAUGGCAAUAUGUAAGCUCAAGUUGAUCUCUAGGAAAUACAUUUGGAAACUGAACUAUUAUGAAAUUAGGAUGGCUGGCAUCUAAUAAAAUGCCUAUUGGACAAAAACCAACCAAACUAAGCAACUGCUAUGUUUCACAAUACCCAUUCUAAUGCUGAAGAUAGGGACCUGAGCAGGUGUAGGUAUGAUGCAAAAAGCUUUUUACAUUUUGAAAUUUUGAGCUUGAAAUCUAUUAGUGUUUUACUUACCUAUCAUAUGAUAUAACACUUCUCUAUAACUAAAGGUAAUACAUUAAUCUGGUGUCCUGUAUUAAGAUAAAUUGUAGGACAAAGUUCUAAAGGUGGAAAAAUUGGCACGGAUGUAUCUGUUUCUCUCCUCUCUCUGAGCAGUAGUUUCAACUUUUUUUUUAAACAGGGGCCCAAUUUAUGUUUAUAGCAUUUAUAUGACCUAUAUAAACAAAGUUAUUUGUCUACUUUUUGUAUAGCUUUUUUACAUAACCUCAACAUAAAUAUACGUGUGCAAAAUAAAUACAUGUGUGCACGAGAUGUGGUUAUGUUUAUCUUGCAGCCAGAUAUUCUCUUUUUUUUUUUUUUGCACAGGAUGAUUAUUUGUCCGACCUUUAUCACUUCUCCACCAAAGAAGAAGAAUAUGAGAAUUACUUCAUCAGGGUGAGUCACACGACCACACACACGUACUAGCACAGACCCAAGGUUAUACAAAGUUAUAGAAAUGAAAUGAUACCUGUUUUUUUUUUUUCUUCUUGUAAGACACUAGAUCUUUGCAACAUACACAUAUGUAGGUGGCUGUGGUACAAACUCAAUAACAUGCAUGGCAGUGCAGAUAAAUACAAAAGAGAAAGUCUGGAAUAGAGUUCUAUUAAAAUAAGUUUGUACGACACUUUUUUGUCUAUUUGUUGAGCGACAGUGCAUGUUAUCCUCACCUAAUGCAUUCCAUUACUAUAACGCUGUGCAUGCAGUUUGACAAGGAAUUUUAUUCAGAUAUCUCUGAACAUUUAACCAUUUUCAUGGAUUAUUUUGAAUGCAUAUAAACUACUCAGUUAUUUGCAAAACUGUUAACAGUAGACUUAUAUAUUUAUUUCGGGCUGAACUGCAAUUCAAUGAAAUUUGGGCCAUUUGGUUGUACGAUUGAAAUUCGAAUUUCUAAACCACCACAUGCCAGAAUAACGAUUAAAAUCAAUUUGCACAAGCCCAUACAUGCUCAUUUCGAUUCUUUAUUCAGAGUGCCGUUCCUAGCAACAGGAAAAAAAGGGGGAUGCAAAAGAGAAGAGCCUAUUUUUUUGUGUUUUUGUUUUUUUGAUGGAGGCAAGCAAACAGAUUAGUUGCCAUGUUGGACAAGAGGUCUGCCCAAUCAUGUAGUAUGUAUCUGCUCUCCAAACAAGAGGUAGCAGAAAAGAGAUAAUUGAUGGGUUGGUAACAAACACUAAAUGUGAUAUCUGACCAAUAAAGGGAAAAAAGGAGGAGCAGACACUUUGACUGCGGCUAUUGAGCGAAAUAGACUAGCAGUAAUACUGUGUAUUUUUACACUUGCUAUGUCUGUGUGGGAGAUAGCCUGGCUCUAUCAAGUGUGAGACUAGGUUACCAAUUUACAUUUUUUUUUUUGUUAACUGGUUUUUUUUGGCGGGGGGGAACUGUAAAUAAAGUUCAUCUUACCUAACUAGCUUGGCACUCACACAACUUCAAGUGGGAGAUUGUGAUUGUGUCAUUGAUCCCAGUAUGGUAGUGUGAGAUAGAUCACCAAUUUACAGUUUUUUUUGUUUUUUUUAACUGUUAGUUAAAAUAAUUUUUUGUUGGGUCCGGACUAUUUUUUAAAAUUACGUUUCAAUGUCACGCCUUCGUUAAUCUCGCUACAGUCCUGAGCCCUUGGUGACAAAAUGCAGCAUUGUGAAAACUGGAGUUUUUAGCCGAAAGUGACUCAAUCGCAUCGAUAUCCCCAAGAUUCCACUACUCAGAAUUCAAUAUGCUUCAGUUCCAUUAUGAAGGAUGGGCCUUCGCCCCUAUACUGACACAGUCACAUCAAUCUCAAAUGCACAAGUGUGUCCUUGGUUAUGCAGCAUUAUAUUCACAAGGUUGUCUUUUUAUGCGUUAUGCAUUGUCUGAUACUCUGUGCAUGUGUCAGUAACACAAAGACACAAAGGCCUGAACAUAUAUAUUCUCCUGCGUCCAUGGUCCAGUGCCCUUUUGUAGUUCCAAUAACCCUUAAAGGGACACUGUAGGCACCCAGACCACUUCUGCCCACUGGAGUGGUCUGGUGCCUUGCCCCUCUCCCAUUAGCCCUGUUAGUCAAAACACUGCAAUUUUGGAGAAACCACAGUGUUUUGAUUACAGGGCUAAUCACACCUCUUGUUGCUGUCUCUCAGACAGCCGAUAGAUGGUGCUUCCGGAUUCUUACAGCACCAAAAUUUCAGAUUUGUCUUGUAGCCCAGGACCUGUAAUUGUUUAGCCAUGCCUACAUAUAUGAAUGUGUCUGCAUAUAUGAUUGUGUAUCUGUGUUUGUGUGUGUGUGUGUGUAUUUUUUUAUGUCUCUGUGAAUAUGUAUUUUAGUGUGAAUAUGUGUGUCUGUGAGUAUGUCUGCAUGCAUAAAUAUAUAUGAGUAUCUAUCUGAGUGUAUGUGUGUAUUUGAGCGUGUGUCUUGAUGUAGAUACCCAUGCAUGCGCAAACAUUUGUGUAUACGCGAGUGUAUUUUUAUAUAUGUAUUUGUGGGUGUCCUUAUGUAUGUAUUCAUGUGUAUCUGUGUGAAUGUGUCUCUGUGUGUGUGGCUGCGAGGGUGUACUAUGUGUCUGUGUAUGUUUGUAUGUGUGCAUCUGUGAGUGUGUACCUCUCACACUUCCAUGACUGCCGUCUCUAUUAUUAUUAUUAUUGCCAUUUAUAUAGUGCCAAGAGAUUCCGUAGCGCUUCACAAUAUUAUAAGAGUGGGAUUUAACUAUAAAUAUGCCUAUUACAAGAAAACUUACAGGAACGAUAGAUUAAAGAGGACCAUGCUCAAACAAGCUUACAGUCCAUACGUACAGUCUAUAUGUGUAUACUUGUGUGGUUUAGUGAGGUCGUCUUAUUUAUAUUAUUAAAAUCUGAAAGAAAAAGUUCAAUUUUAAAAAUAUGAAAGUGGGCUACUGUGCCAUAACAUGCCUAAGUGUAUUUUAUCUCCCAUGUUAGCCCUGACAGCUCACACACAUUACGCAACGUUACCCACACACAUCAAUACAUAUUACUCAUAGCUACCCACACAUCACACAUUGUAACAUACAUUACUCAGAGUGACCUACAUUUAUCACUCAUAGCUACACAUACCACUUACAGAUACCCACACGUAGCCAAAAACAUCACUCACAACUAUACUCACAAUACACACAGCCAGCCUUAUAUGUUACACACAGAUAGCCACAACACACACCUCACUCACAACUACAACAUUUAUAGCCACCUCAUACCUACCCAAAACACAUACCCACGCAACAGUUGAUAAAUAUUACACAACGUUAAAAUAUAACAUAAGUAUGGGAAGAUUUUCAUGGUGCACACAAUAAUGAAAAGGGCUGUGCACGCCUAUUGUUCCACUUUUCAAAAAAUAAAUAAAUAGUAAUUUAAUUCCUCUUCCCACCAUAAAGCCUCCAUUCCCCCUGCGUGCAGUCCCUAAAUACACACACACACACACACACCGCACUACAGUCCUUAUACACAUACAUAAAAGAAUGAAGAAUGUAAUAUGCAAUUUGUUAUAAUUAAUAGAUAUCUAAUUACUGGCCUUUUUUGAAAAAACAAGGCCAUAUUUUUUGUUUCUUUAUUUAAUUGUAAGGUAAAUAAUAAAGACGUUAUAUCACAACAGUUAAAUAUGUGUCUAGAUUGCAUGUAAAAAGUAACAGGUUAAUAGAUGUUUACUCCUCCAUGAGUAUGUAAUGAGUUUGGAAAUUAUAGAGAAACUAAACCCAUUAGAUUUUAGUCGACUAAAUCUACUAUAGAUUUAGUCGACUAAAAUCUUAUAAUAUAUAGUCAACUAAAACUAAAUCAAUUCAGAUAACUAAAAUAUGACUAAAACUAAAUGGCAUUUAAGUUAAAAGACUAUGACUAAACCAAAAUAAAAAAUUACUGUCAAAAUUAGCACUGGUUAUUACUAAGGGCUCAGCAAAAAUCAGUAUACCGCAGAGUACAAAUCCAGUAUUGUACAUAUUAAAUAUCUCUUUUUCCCUCUCACUCACAGCUGCUAGAACUACAAGCAGAGUAUCAUAAAAAGUCUCUUGCCCACCUGACUGAUACACUCAAAGAGGUCAGGGACACUUUAAAGGAAUCAGGUUAGUAGGUCAGCAUAUGAAGUGACCGCGUUCUGUUAUCCAUGAUAGAAACUGACUUGAGAAUCUAAUUCACCUGCAUCUAAGUUAUUUGGUGUUAUCUUUAAAACUGUGAAAGUAAAAAUUGCAUCACAAAGAAUGAAAUGUUAUUUUUAGUAGUUUAUUUGUAUGACUAUUGACUGCAAUAUCCUUCAGAUAGUCAAUGUGUUUCAAAGUUUGGCUGCGGCAGUUAUAUUAUUUGUUUUUAAGUAGAGGUGGGGUAGUGAAUAUCACAUUCUUUUUUUUUUAUCUAGCAGCAGUCAUGUUACUUAAGUGGCCUUGCCAUUUUUUAUUCUUUUGGUUUUCUUUUCCUUGUGCCCCCUUUAUCUUAAAGGGUUACUCCAACCGAUAAACUGUGUUUUAAGAACACACUGGUUUUGGUCAGAGUUACCUUCCUAUACCUAUGUUGAAGAGUAGUUGUGGGUAGCUAGAAACAUAGAGAUAUUUUCUUAAUCAUAAUCUGGUAAUAUCAUGCCUAAAUAAUUUAGUUUAUGAAGAUUGGCUUUAAAGUUAAAGAAGUGAGCAAAGUUUAUAACGUUCCCAUCUGAGAUUGAAAUAUUGAUACCUUCACAUUUAUUUUGAUUCAACUUAUAGCCUGAUACUUUAUAAACAUCUAUGAUUAGUUUGUAAAGAUUGGGUAAAAAACAGCAUGGAUUGGAAACAGAAAGAAGGAUACCAUCUGCAAAAAGACUAACUUUGUAAUCUGUGGCACCAUAUUUAAUACCUGAGAUGUUCACAUUCUCUCUGAUUGCGGUCGCUAGUGGCUCAAUAUAGAGUGCAAACAGAAAAGGUUAUAAUGGACGGCCCUGACUUAUUCCCUUUUAAAUAUUGAAUUUCAAUUAAGAGACUCCCAAUCGCCUGACUCGCAGGCAGUUGAUAAUAGAGAACUUGGAUUGCAGGAAUAAACCUUUGUGGUCGAGAACCAUCUAGGAAGGACCAGUCAACUUUAGUAUUCAUUGAAUACUUUCUCCGCAUCUAGACUUAGAAACAUUGAUUAUCGUUUUAUAUGUGUUCAGUCAGUGAGGUUAACAACUCUCCUUAUUGCAUCUGGCCAUAUGACCCAAUUUGAACUCCUUUAUAAAUACAAUUCCUCUGAGACCGGAUUGAUAUCAACAAUGCAGGGCUUUUUAAGAAACAAGAGAAAACAAGAUGCCAGAGAUUAGGGGAAUAUGAUAUAGGGCACAUGGUCAAAAAAGUUUACUAACUGUUACAAAUCAUCUAUCUUCACUACAAUCAGGGACAAUGCAUACAAAUGACUGUCUAGGUGGUACCUUGACCCAGAUUGUUUAGAAAUAGAUCCUCAUUAUAUAUGACAAAAUGUGGAGCACACGGUACAUUUUUCCAUAUGCGGUGGAUGUGCCCUGUGCUAUCAAUCCUUUGGGAAAGGCUUUUUAAAAUAUUGAGAGACAUGCUUGAAAUAAACAUUAGCUUUAUUAAAUGGCAACUAUUCAAUUACACGCUUAAACUCUACUGCGUUAUCCCUAUGUCGCAAAAUAUGCAGUGUGAAUAGACUGUGUAUCGCGAAGAAAGGGAAAGAAGUGACCCCUACAAUUGAUACUGUAAUGAGAAAGGUAUGGAGGAAAUGUCAGCUAAGAUCAGAUAAAACUUGUCAUCACAUAACAAAAUAUGGCAUGCAAGGAUGGAAUACAAACUUAGAGGCACACUGUAGUCACCAACACAACUUUAGCUUAAUGAAACAGUUUUUGUGUAUAGCCCAUGUCCCUGCAGUCUCAUUGCUCAAUUCUCUGCCAUUUAGAAGUUAAAUCACUUUUGUUUCUCUUUAAACUGUCCUAGCCACAACUUCCUUGGCUGUGACUUACACAGCUUGCAUAAAAACAAAAUGGUUUCAUUUUCAAUCAGAUGUAACUUACUUUAAUGGUUUUUAUCUCCUGCUCUGUAAAUUAAACAUUAAUUAUAUAUAGGACACUCCUGCAGGGUAUAGCAAGCUAUUAACAGAGCAGCAGAUAAGAAAUGCUAAAUUAACCAGAAUUUGCAAUAAAGAAAUUGUAAACAUUAGCUGACUCUUCACAGGAAGUUUUUAGGAAGGCUGUGUAAGUCGCAUGCAGGGUGGCAAAAACAAAGUGAUUUAACUUCAAAAUGGCAGCGAAUUGAGCAGUGAGACUGCAUGGACAUGAUCUAUACUCUGCUUCAUUAAGCUAAAGUUCUUUUGGAGCCUAUAGUGUCCCUUUAAACACUUAAACAUUAUCAUUUUCCUUAGCCUUCUAACCUGGUCCCCUGCCCCAGUAAUUCCUUCCCCCCCACUUUUUUUUCCACAGCCAUUGAUUUCUUGCUAUUUUGUUCUAACAUAUAAAUAGACGUACUGAAAUAGAAUUACUAAACUGAAAGGAAGGGGAGGGGAAGGGGAGAUAAAAAGAAAAAAGUAUAAAGGAGAGGCUGAGCACAUUUAUACAGAAUAUAUGAUGUUUUUCUGAUAUCUCCUGUACUUACACAUUUACAAUAAGUUCAAAAUUGUUGAUAUGAUGUGAAUUCUGUAAAUGUUCAUUGAAUAUCUAUAACACUGAUGUUAUAUAACUGAUUUUGUAUUAUACUUCUCUUUCCAAUAAGGGUAUAUAUUUCUACAUUUAAUUUAAUUUUUCACACCUCACAAAUAAAUAGUUAAUAAAUAUAGGGAUAAUUAAACAUAAUAUUAAAAAACAUGGGAAGUGACAUCUCUCCUUUAACAAAUGUUUUCAAAUAAAGGCUAUUGUGUUGUGUAAGCUAUUGUAAGACUGUCCAUCACUCUAUCACUUUUUGUUGAAUUUAUUUUCAAAGCUAGAGAGUUGACAAGCUAAUAUUUCUGUUUUUUGUCACUGAUUGUUGUUCCUGUAAGUACAGCCUUUUUUUGCAAGUAGCAGUGUAAAAACACUUUACACCACUAGGGGGCAGCUAAGUGUUUCAAUUACUUUCAGGUUUAUUUAAUUAGUUGUCAGUCAUUUCUGUGUUUUACCGGAAUAGAUGUCCCUGUGCAUUCUAAUGCUCAGUUUAAUCCACAAGAUGGAAUUUCAAGAUUUUUUUUUUGUUGUUAACCAGGAGGGCUGCACUCACUGAAAAAGGCAUACAAUAUUUUUUUUAUAGCUAUUCAUAUUUCCUUCUUUCGUAUUUUAGGAGAGACAGAGUCUGACAAACAUAUUAGAAAAGCAACACUAAAAUAUGUGUAUUUAACACUAUAAAAACAGAUGAUUACUACAUUAAUUUAUAAUGUAUCACAAUGUUUGUGAAAAAAAGCCUAGAUACAUGUUGAAAUAAUAUGGACAUGAAAAGAAGGCUAAUUAACAGUUAAAGUGUGUAAACAGUCAUUUGUUUGUUUGCCUACAUUUUUUUCAUAUGAUCUGCCUUUUGCUGAUAUACAUUUGCUUUAUACCAUACAAAUUAUGUUUUAGAUAGUGUUUUAUUAGAGUGUGUAAAUGUUUGCCAAGCUCCCCAGGCAUUUCUUUCACUGCUAUAAGAAUCUGGAAAACAUUGAUCUCCUAUCAGAAAUGGUUUUGUCAGCAGUUCUGGGAAUGCAUACAGCCUCAUAUGAUUCAUGUUACCUGCUUCUGUAGAGACAGAGAUGGAGAAAAAUGUAUACAGUUUUGGCAAGAUAAUGUGAUAUGGAAACAUAAACACUGACAGCAGGAGCAAAACGAUAUUAUCAUAGAUUCUAUAGUCUGAAUUAUUAAUAGCGAUUUUAAAGGAAAACUGUCACUAGGAUUUUUAAUAUAAUGUUUAUGCCUACAUUGAACAAAUAAAUUGUGAAGUUUAAAACAUAUUAUUAAAUGUAGACAGCUAUACCUUUUUAUUCUGCAGCUGGUUGCCUCCAUCUCAGCUCCCUGUCAAUCAUUGUUAUAAGCUCCGUCCUUUGCAUCUGGUAGUCAGCGUAAAUAAAGCAUGUUUGCCUUGAGUUUGCCUUGUCUGAACUGGAUUAAGAUGUAAUUUCCUAAAUCUUUAAUAUAAAUUUUAAAUAAAAUGUUGUGUCUUGUGGAAAAGGGGUUAUAGGUGAUUGUUAAACAGGGAUCCAAGAACAGGAGCAGAGAAAAAUGGCACAAAAUAAAUUAAAAAACAAAUGAAAAAACAAGACAGCAAGGCAGCUUGUGUGUAUUCCAUACAAAAUCAUGUACCAUUUAAAAUUUCCAUUUUAACUCUCUUCAACUCCUUUGGCAUCAUCCAGUGCCACUGGGAAAAUUCUUCUCAGGUCAAAACCAUAGAAAUAUUGGUAAACGGUUUUGGUGACAUUUGCAAGAAAGUUUAAUUGGAUCUUAUAGUGAUUGCCUGAAUUUCACAAUUUCUACAGAGUUAUACCAGUUUGUGCUUGAUAAAUAUGACCUCGGAUACCUGCUCUCAUUCUCUGUCUAUUGCACGUGUUAACCAUCCGGUAUGUUUCUGCAAUUUCCUUUCUCUCUUAUGUAAUCUCCCUGAUGUUUCAGAUGACUGUGUUCUAUUCUGUCAUCAGUACUGGAUUAAUUCCAUCCAUUCUAUUUGCAGUUCGUUCCCCGGUGGAGAAGACCCCUGCAGAAGUUUAUGGAGUACCCCUGGAGACACAUUUGUCUAAAUUUGAUUGUGAGAUAGCAGUUCCCAUAUCUGCCUGUGUGAAAAUGCUGCUAACAGAGGGAAUGCAUGAAGAGGUGUGUUCAUGCAGCUUGUUCAAACAAAAGUUUGGGGUUGUAAUUUUAUAAUAGUGGCGUAGAAUUUAUUAGCGUUUUGGGUGUACAGAACUAUGUGUUUGUUUUUAGAAAACAUUGUGUGUUGCAUAUUUAUGUGGAAAACAAUGUUCAGAGUUGCUACAUUGGACUUGUUUGUGUGUAUGUGUUUGUUAUUACUAUCUGUACAUGCAAAUAUAGCAUAGGUGAUAUUGUAACAUCCAUCCUCAUAGUGCUGAUGAUCCUCAUUAGUCACAAUUAUAUAAUGUGAGGAAACAUGUAGUACUAACCUUUCCUUUUUCAGGGUCUCUUUCGAUUGGCUGCUGGAGCCUCAAUGCUGAAGAAACUCAAAGCCAGUUUAGGUGCAGGCACCAGUGACCUGGCGGAAUUCACAUCUGAGCCUCAUGCAGUGGCAGGCGAGUAUUAGUCUGACACUGAAUGUGUUUGUAAAACUACCAGAUCUUUCAUGAUGUGAAGGGACAGAUUUCUAUUCUAAUAUACAGAUAUGAGAAACCUUUAAGAUGUCUUCUCUAUUGAAGUGGUGAUCUUCAGGCACAACAAAAUCCAGUGACCACCCAACUACCUGUAAGAUGCUUAAAGGGACAGUGUAGGCACUAUAACCAUUCCAUCUCAUUGAAUUUGUUAUAGUGCCUGUAGUACCCUGGCACUGUCCCUCCAUUCAACGUUAAAUCAUUUUUUGAGCAGUUAAACACUUAAAAAGGACCACUGGCUUUCCACAGCCUGGCCCCUACUGGAGGUGUGGCUCAACUUACACACUUCCUUGUAGUUAUAUCCAUUCAUACCUGUAGUUGACACUAAUGAUAAAAGCAGACAUCUAACACUCUCAGCCAAUCACAGCUGCUCAUUGCUGCUCAGGCUAAUACUUCCUCAAUAGCCGAAGGAGCACAGAGGGGAUGGGCUGCUGAAGACUCUUGAGCAGCAUUAAAACAUAAAAACAACCUUACGGCUGUUACAGUUACACAUAGAACUAUCACAGCAGCAGGCGAGUUAGGUUGCACAGCGGUUGGUCAGAUAACAGUAAAGUUUGACCUAACAUGGCUGCAUAGACAGAAAAAAAGUUUAAUUAUUAAAAAAUAAAUUAAAAAAAUCAAUAUACAUGAAUAAAAAACAACUUUUCUUUAAAUGUUGUAAACUUUAAAAAAAAUAUAUAAGUGAAAAUGUAUUGGCAUUUGUCCUUUAAAGGGUAUUUGCAGUCACUGGUAAGUUGUAAAGGGUAUGAGAAGGCAAUUAAGUCAGAGCUUAGGCAGCUAGAGAAGCAUGCCAUAAAGUAAGAUAGAAACAGGAGGAAAGAGGGCAGGGUAGGUUCUACUUGAAAAUUAAGUUUCCCUAUUAUUUUCUGUUGGUUCGUUCAGUGGGUAAAAGGAAGGCCAGAUAAAAGAGAAUGGUCUGGCUUUAUCUCCAAAAAUAACAUAGUGUCGUUUUAUUUAGUAGCAGGAAGCACACAAAUAUCAGCAUUUUUGGCUCACAUAAGAGACUUUUUCUAGCUUGAUGAAAGAUUUCUAAACAGGAAUUGAGGAAAUAACACAAUUUAAGUGAAGGCAUUUACUGUUAGGAGGUGCAGAGAAUGGAGAAAGAAGGGGGUGGGUAAAGCAAACAUUUAUCAUCAAUUUGUACUAAUUCCUGUACCAUCUUUAAUUUUUUUUAAAUAAAUGCCACAGAAUAACUGUGAUUGCUAAGAAAAUCAAUUAAUUACAGGUGCCUUGAAGUCAUACUUGAGAGAACUUCCUGAACCUCUGAUGACCUCUGAACUCUUCGAUGAUUGGUUGAAAGCUGCCAGGUAGUAGACAUAAACAAAUUCUCAAGUCAAAGUACUCUUCAGCUUCAUGUGAAUGUCUUUUUACCAUCUUUUUUUCUUUUCAGCAUCAAAGAGCCUGAGAAACGUGCAGAAAGUUACAAAGAGGUCUGCAAGCAGUUACCAGCUGAAAAUUAUAACAACCUCCGGUAUGGGAAAUUAAAAAAAAUAUAUAUAUUUUUCUAAUGUUAAAAACAAAGUGAGCCCUUACAAUAUAUAUCUUUAUUUUAGGCAUAUUACUAAUAUAGUUUUGAGUGUUUCCUAUCGAAUAAGCUUACGUUGUUAUUUUGUGAGCUGGAAGUAUACUACCAGCUAAUAAAAAUGGAUAUAGAGAAAUCUGGAAUGGUAUUUUCCAUGUGGCAUGUUAGUUAUACAUAUAUAUCUAUAGGGAGUUGCUAAAUUGAGCUAUGUAUGUAGUAGGGUUUAGUGUGCGUUUGUCACUGGCACCUUACAUUAUAAACCGUUGAUGUAAUACCGAUUCCUGAAAAUGAUUUACUCAUGCAAUUGUUUUUGUCACCUUCUAGAUAUCUCAUUAAAUUUUUGGCAAAAUUGUCAGAGCAUCAAGAAGUGAAUAAGAUGACACCCAGUAACAUUGCAAUUGUGCUGGGUCCCAACCUGCUGUGGGCUAAGUGUAACGGGUACGUUUUCAUUUAAUAGUAUGCGUGGAAUUUAUAACCAUGUAUAACUCAACUAGGUUGCAUGGCCACAUAAAAAAGUGAUUUUUUUGCACAAAAUCUAUACACAUAUUUUUAAAAAAAAUUAUUACAUUUCAUAAAUAAACUUUUCAAAAGCCUGAAGUGAAGUGCAAAUUUGAUAUUUUUCCCUUAACACAAUUGAAACCACCCACUGGCUGCAGACAUUUUUUCAUCACAGAGCGAAAACAACAUUGUGAAUCACUGAAUCUCCCACACAUAAUACAUAAAAAAAACAAGUGGGUUUUACCAAAAUUGAUAUGCAAAUAAUAAUGCAUAUCAAGAAAAAUUGUUGAUCUAAUAUACUGAGUGGGGACUAAGAGAGUUCCCAUGUUGGCCCUGUCACUUGAUGCCAAAAAGGCCUUUGACAGGGUCAACUGGAUAUUCUUAGAGGAAAUCAUGAGGGCCUUUAAAGUUAGUGAACUACCUAUAGAUGCAAUAAUGGCCAUUUACACCACUCCAUCUGUUACUGUUUUGGGCCAUAAGUUUAUUUUGGAAAGACUGCAUAUAAAAAUGAUACUAGGUAGGGAUGCCCUUUGGCUCCCUUGCUGUAUAUAAUGACACUUGAACCCCUAUUACAGAAGAUUAGAUUACACAAAAGGGAUAAAGCUGAAAAAUUUGGAAUGUAAAGUCUCUGCUUAUGCAGAUGACAUAACAUUAACGCUAACGUCAUCACAGAAAUCAGCUGAAGCCCUAUUGGAAAUAAUAAACUUAAUUAUGGAAAAUUAUCUAAUUGCAAAUUAAAUUUAGAUAAGAACCAAUACCUAACAUUUGCAAUGGAAUUAAGAGAAUUAAACAUAUUAAUGAAAAACUUUUAUUAUCAAUGGCCAAAAUUAUGGCUAAAAUAUCUGGGAAUAACAAUCCCUCCAAAAAUAGAUAUAGCAGUUUGAGAAAAAAAAAUAUAUUGCAAAAAAAUACAGGGAGGGAUGGGUUUCCUGGAAUUGAGGAGAUACCAAAAAGUGAACCUUCUGACUCAAAUACAUCAAAUUCAAGUGAUAACUCUGAAAAAUUAAGAAUGGUAUAUAUUAGAGCAAGAGCUGACACAUGUAGAUGACCUAGAGUUAAUAGUGUGGUAUAGACAAGAUAAGGAGUGCCUGGUCAAAAGUAUUUGGUCUGAGUGCAGACCUAAUUGGGACAAUAAUCCCAAUACUUAUUCACACUCAAAAAUAGGGGGGGAAUGGAUAAGUACAUAUUCAUAAAACUUACAUUCACCCUGGAUAAAUUAAAAUAUCUCAAAAUCCUCAUAAGAAAAAAAGACAAGGGUGUGGGUCUCCUAGCCAAAUAGCCACAAUAUCAAACUACUCAUAAAUGCCUAAAUAACCACUAAAACAUGGAAGUAUUCCCUGAAAUUGUUGAAAAGAAAAGGGAAAAAUAGAUAUUUGAAGAAUUAGUUGAUAGGAAACGGAUUAGCCGUAUCUAACAGAUUAAUGCAUUUAUCUUUUUUUUAUUUUGUACGUUUCGUAUUGUAAAUUGUGUUCUGUUUAUAUAGGUAUUUUAUUCUGUUUUGUAUGAAACCCCCACAAAAAAUCAUUGUGAAGUACCCCUACGUUUCUCAUUUUAUUCAGGUCCAUGAUAACCUUUCUAUACUCCUAACACUCAAAAAUGUAUUGCCUAGGCCAGGGGUAGGCAACCUUUUAGCAGCACUGUGCACCGAUAUAGGAUUGUGAUGUCCCAUAGCGUGCCGAUCCUAUUUUUUUUUUAAAUUGACGUGUGUAUGUUGCCGUAUUCUGCUUGUGUUAUUUAUACUGUAAUUGCUUUGUAUCAUUGUAUUUGUGUGUAUAUGAGCUAAUAGAUUGAAUAUGUUCAUUAGUAGUUUAUGGUAUUGUGUAUGAUACAUAUAAAUGUGGACUGUGUAUGAGGGCUGCUUGUGGAAUUGUGUGUGGAUGUCACAUUGUGUGUUUGGUAGUGUGUGUGGGCUGUUUUGGGUAUUGCAUGUGAGAGGCUGCAUGUGGGGUUGUGUGCAUGUAUGUGGAUUGUUAGCGGGUUAUGUUUGUGCUGAUUGUGUGUAUGUUUGUGUGUGGGCUGUUCUUAUUAUUUGUAUAAGGAGAGGGUUAUUCUGCAUUUCUGUGUAUAUCUAGCAGUGUGGGUGGCUUCCCUGGGUUCCAGUGGGGACCAGGCUGGCCAGGUACAAGUCAAGGACAGAAGCAGUAACAGCAGCUGCAGGCUGCUCUACUACAGUGUGGAUUCCCAUUCACAAGUGCUUGGAGGAAGUGAUCUGAGAUCACUUCCUCUAUGUGCUGCAAUGCAUAAAUUGAGGAUUGUCCUUCACCACCUUUUCGUAUCAGCAGAUAUCUGAAGUUUCACUGGGAUUUCUGAUAGGCCAGAGCCUGUUUGGCUCUAGCAGCCUUGAGUGCCGUGCAAAGACACCUUGAGUGUCGUGCAUGGAACUAGUGCCAUAGGUUGCCUACCCCUGGCCUAGGCCCUAAACAUGCACCAAUUAUUCAUGUAGAAAAAAGGGCCAGCACACCUCUUUUAUUCCCCAAUCUUUAGCAGUUCAUUUAUUGUCUUGAGAAAGACUCCUAUAUGAGUGGGAACAUUGCCCUUCUUUGUGUGUUUCACCCAAAAAAUAGACUGCUAAACAUUGAAAAAAAGAAGAGGUGUGCUGGUCCUUUUUCUACAUGAAUAUUUGGUUGGUUUUGUCAAAGACAAGGGUGCAAUAGUUCACAUUUGAUUAUUUGAAAUGCUCCAAUUAUUUUGUGGACCAGCUGUUAUGACCUGCAGUGGUUAUGGUAAUGCGGUCUUCUAUUACUUUCCCAAUAGCUGAGCAUAAGUGAUUAUAACUGCAUUUAGGAGGUAGAGGAAUAGUGUAGAUGAAUGCAGCUUCCAAGACGAUUCUCCCCAGCAAGUAGAAUAUUCCCCAAGCAUGAGACUAGACUUCAUGAAAGGUGUAACAGGAAUGAUUUUUAUUGAGGCCACACUGGCUUUUAUGAGAAUGCUCCUGCAAGAGGACCUCCCACAGUAAACAAAGACAUUAACCAAUCAACAUACAGAUUUACAGUAACUCCCGCCCUGUCUCUGCCUGGGAGAUAUUGAGAUAAGUUAAGGAAUAACUCAAUUAUCUCCAGGCAGAGGACACACAAUUUCCCCCAAAAUUAGAACACCCCUUUCCACAUAAGGUAUCCCCACAAAUUACAUAUCCCCUGAUAGCCCCGAUCUGGGGGACCAGCAUAUCCAAAUUUGGCCCAGAUCAGGGGUUCUCAAAAAGUAUGAAAGUCAUAAGUUACCGACCACACACGAGGCUCCUGCCCAAAACAGUUCCACGAAUUCAGCGUGUGCUUUCGGUCAAUUCAGUAAAUGGCAUAAAACGAAUAAAAGUUCCGAAUGGAUCCUCCUGGCUCAUAGGAGCGAUUGCUCCCCUUGUUCAUAUGAACCAAACUACCGAAUGGCGCUCUCCUGGCUGUUCAGCAACUAAAGGAAGCAGGCGUUCGGUAGUUUCAGCGGUGUCGUUCGGGAGGUCAAGUGUCCAAUUUUAGUUCCAGACACUCGACGACCAAGUCCCUCUGCCUCCUUUCGUGCAAACAAGAUGGCCGCCGUUUUCUGUUCCACGUGGCAUUCGGCUAUACGAACAGCGGCCGCCCAGAGAGCGCUUAAUAGACGGUUCUUUUGAAGUUAAUGAGCCAGGAGGGUGGUCGGUGUUCGGUAGUUUUAAACUACUAAUAAAUCCAAAAUGAACAAAAUACUGCAGAAAAGUCCAAACACAGAAGAAAAUACCAAACUCAGUCUAUUUUCUUUACACCAGCUAACUUUUAUUAAUUGCUCUACGCAUGCACCAGUCAAUAAACUCUUAAUUUUAUAUCUGUAGCAAAGAGUGAUAAAGCCUAACCACUCCAUUCAUUUAUCUUAGUAGCUUUGUUCCCAAGGUUAUUAUAUAUAGACUGUAAAAUUAGUACCAUAACAUCUAGUACCCAAGCAUUGACGCAAUGUUUUCCUAUGGGAAUUUAGAAGAAGCUCCUUCUACAAUUCCACCCUCUCCUCUCAACUAGACGUUAUGGCACCUUGUACAUUUAAACGCCGCAGGCGCCCCCAACAACAACCCUGGCACACCAAGCUCACUCGAUACCUCCAAAAAUGCUCCAGAACUGCUGAACACUGUUGGAGAAAGUCUCACUGUGCAUCUGACUUUCUCCACUAUAAAUUUAUGCUGAGCUCUUACAGCUUGGCUCUUUCCUCUGCAAAAGUUAAUUACUUCAAUACCCUCAUAACCACACUCUCCUGCGACCCAAAACGACUAUUUCACACAUUUAACUCUCUUCUUCGCCCUGCUGUUCCUCCUCCACCUACUAACUUGGCCAACUCAGACUUUGCAACUCACUUCACUGACAAGAUCUCUACAAUCAGAGAAGAGAUCUCUCAUCUUUCUUCCUCCCCUAACAAUACUUCCCCUAACUUCACUCCCUCUGCUGUUCUAAGUUCAUUCGCACCCGCUACAUUGGUAAAGGUUUCUGCACUGCUCCAGUCCUCCCACCCCACCACCUGCUCCCUAGAUCCAAUUUCCUCGCAUCUCAUCCGUACUCUAUCUUCUUCUCUUUCUCCACCUCUCACUAAAAUUAUCUCUCUCUCCUCUUGUAUAUUUCCAUCGCCCUUCAAACAUGCAACUGUAACCCCAAUUCUAAAAAAGCCCAAUCUUGACCCUAACUCCCCAUCCAACUAUCGUCCUAUCUCGCUACCGCCUUUUGCAUCCAAGAUCCUUGAAAGAAUUGUGUAUGCGAGAUUGACAGACUUCCUCGAGUCCAACUGAGAUCCGCAUCAGUCUGGUUUCCGUGCUAAGCACUCUGUGGAAACGGUACUGACCAAAGUAUCCAAUGAUCUACUCGCUGCAAAAUCUCGUGGUCACUACUCUAUCCUAAUUGUCCUUGACUUGUCUGCGGCUUUUGACACUGUUGAUCAUCAACAGCUUCUUCUCAUCCUCCGCAAUAUCGAUCUACAAGAUAUUGCUCUCUCCUGGUGCUCCUCCUACCUCUCCCAGCACUCUUUCAGUGUUUCUUUCUCUGGCUCUGCUUUUUCUCCCCAACUCCUCUCUGUUGGUGUCCCCCAAAGUUCAGUCCUUUGUCCCCUACUGUUCGCCAUCUAUACUGCCUCCCUUGGUAAACUCAUUUGCUCCUUUGGCUUCCAAUAUCAUUUCAAUGCAGAUUGCACGCAAAUCUACCGGUCCUCUCCUAAUCUCUCCCCGUCCCUCUUGACUAGUGUCUCUGACUACCUCUCUGCUAUUUCUAACUGGAUGGCUGCCCACUUCCUUAAACUAAACUUGACCAAAACUGAAAUUCUGGUCUUUCCUCCCUCAAGUGUUGUUACUCCUGUGUCUGUCUCCCUCCAAGUCAACGGUGCUACCAUCAGCUACACCACGCAGGCUCGCUGCCUAGGUGUUCUCUUUGACUCCGACCUCUCCUUCAAUGUUCAGUCUUUCGCCAAAUCCUGUCGUUUCCAUCUCAAAAACAUUGCGCACAUCUGCCCCUACUUAACGCCAGAUGCGACUAAGGUGUUGGUCCAUUCCACUGUCCUUUCUCGCCUUGACUACUGUAAUCCGCUUCUCAGUGGUCUUACAUGCUCCCAACUUGCGCCGUUACAGUUCAUAAUGAAUGCGGCAGCGAGGCUCAUCUUCCUGUCCGCCCGCACCUCCCAUGCCUCAUUCUUCUGACAGACCCUACAUUUGCUUCCUAUAAAAUAUAGAGCUCAAUUUAAAAUUCUGGUUCUUGCUUUCAAAUCGCUACAUAAUGCUGCUCCCACCUAUCUAUCCUCCCUUAUACACAAGUAUGUCGUUUAUCUUCUGUCCGUACUCCCACCUCUGAUGCUUGCCUUCAAGAUUUCUCAAGGGCUGCACUGUUCCUGUGGAACUCGCUUCCCUCCUCCGUUAGAUGCUCACCCAGUCUCCACUCCUUCAAAAAAUCGUUAAAAACCCACUUCUUCAUAAAAGCAUAUCAAUUAAACUGUUAAUAGCUCCUGACUGAUUCCUCGUCUGUAACUGUCACUAGUUUAAUACUAUCCUUACCCUUUUGUGUCAUUUUACCCCACUCCUUCUAGCAUGUAAGCUCAUUGAGGAGGGCCCUCAACCCCUCUGUUCCUGUGUGUCCAACUUGUCUGGUUACUACUACAUGUCUGUUCGUCCACCCAUUGUAAAGUGCUGCGGAAUUUGAUGGCGCUAUAUAAAUAACAUGAUAAUAAUAAUAAUAAUAAUGUCCUCUAUCUGGUAUACAGCCACUAGAGGCAGUCUUAACCCUGCAAUAUAAACAUUUCAUUGCAGUUUUACAUUGCAGGGCUAAGAGGUCAGAGAGAGAAAGCACCCUGAUGACUUCAAUGAGAUGAAGUAAUCAGAGUGCCUAUAAUGUCUCUUAAACAAAAAAAGAGAGAAAUAAAGAAAUGGAGAAUUAAUGUCUUUAUUAUUAUGCAUUUUUUUAAGCCAACACAUUAGGAUGUCUUAUGGUCUUUCCAAGGAAUAAGAUACAAUACAAGAAUAAUUAAAAGAUAAUUCACGCCAGCUGGAAAGAAAAAGGUCAUUCAGGUCUUACAUAAUAAUGUAUAAGGGAAGAAGAAUGAGGGAGAUUUAUCAAAGUCUAAAAAGUUCUAAAAAGUGGUCUAAAGUUCUAAAAGUGCAGCAAAAAACAAAAGUGAGGAAGGCUGAACUUGAUGGACGCAUGUCUCUUUUCAGCUAUGUAAUUAUGUAACUAUAUUCGGUCCAUUCCUUUUGGGUCCCUAAGGCUUACCAUCUUUUGUUAGUUUAGUUUUUUUUCUUAUGAGGAAAUAAUUUUUUCAGGGCCUGCUUUUUAAAGGACACUGGGCAGGAUGCGGGCUAUGUUGGGCACAGGCAGGACCUGAAGGUGCAAAUGAGGCCAUGUCUUCUCCCAGUUAGACAAUUUUACAUUUAAAAAAAAACAUAUCUGGAAAAUGCCAUACAGGUGGAUGACAUUAGAAUUUCUUUUUAGUGCUACGAGAGUUUAUAAGCUUCUUAGGACGUGUACACCCCAAGCCUACAUUUUUUUCUGUGAUAUGGAGAAUUCAGAGAAAAGGAUUUGUAAGGACAGGAGUGGGGGAUGAACAAAGAGGCUUGUAAUAGGUGUGGGGUAUGCUUUGUAUGUGUAUGGCUAUGGAGGCGUGCAGGGUGCAGCAGCAUUUUUUCUAUGACCCAGAGAACCCGUGUUUUUUUUAGCAAGCCAUGGUUAUUGUUUAAUAAUGGCCGUUCCUUAAGACAAAAUAGAUGCUUUAAGAUUUUUUUAAAAUGGCAAUUGCGCUUGCAUGACCCACUAAAUAUUUCUCCUGAUCUUUAUCUGUUUUCAGAGAACCUUCAAUGCUAAAUAUGGCUUCGGCUUCCCCAAUAAUGGUAGUAAGUGUGGUUGAAGGCCUUAUUAACUGUGCUGCAGACGUCUUUCCGGAAGGUGAGAUAAGCAUACAUUUCAUCUGAAAAUGUAGAGUUUGUUUUUUAAUGGUUUAUUAAUAUGCAUUACCAUACAGGGUUCAACACUUGAAUUUAUUUAUAUAACAUUAUUUUAAUUCUAUAGAGAUAAACAUGAAAGCAAAAAUCUGAAAUAUAAAAAAGCAAAGCAGUAAAUGUUUGUUGCAAAAUAUCAUAUAUAAUUAAGGAAACAAUCUGUGUAUAUAUCAACAUCUCUCCCCUUUAUUGCAUUUGUUAAAAACUGUUGCCUCCCUCACAAUGGUAUUUUUUUAUUUAUUUCUUUUUAUCCCUUCUCCUGGAAAAAAGCAAAAAACUCCCAGACAUAUUCAAACACAAAUGUAUAGGUACCUGUCAUGUCCCUCUCUCAAUUCGUGACAUCACAUUUCCAGAAUUAUAAACUGCAAUUAGCAGAAUGAUUUUAAGAUAAUCACAAGUGACGUCUUCUCAUUACGGGUGGUGUCAACACCUUAGUGACAACCAAUAUAAAGGUUGUGCCACCACCACUAUUUUUGCAUGAUAAAAAUCAAUAACAUGGUCAAACCUUACAUUUAAUUUCUCAUAUAGUGGUGACUGUUGCUUUAAAUUUUUUAUGUAGAUAUUGAUUUUGGAGUUCCAGUGCCACCUACUCCUGUUUCCACUGAACAGCCCCCUCAGAAGCUUGACGAGCCAUCACAAGUCCAGAAUGUUUACAAACCUGAAGAGACAUCCCCUCUUGCUUCCCCUGUAUCCACCAGUUUAGAGAGGUAAGCAGAGUAUUGGUGCAGAAGUCCUGACACAGCAGCUGGAAUAGCAGAUGUUACUAAUCCAUAGCAACACAAACACAUGGAUGCCUGUUUAUGGAAUGUGUUAUUCACAAUGCAAUUGAAUAUAACAAGGCAAAGUGCCCAUCAGUUCCUUCCUGGAUCAAACUGUUUAUCAUAUAAAGAUUUGAUCUGAGAUCUAGCAUUUGUAAUAAAUGUAUUAAAGGGACACUAUAGUCAACUACAGCUUAAUGUAGAUGUUCUGGUGUAUAUAGUCUGUCCCUUCCAGCCUUUUGAUGUAAACACUGCCUUUUCAGAGAAAUCCCACUUGUAUAGUUUUGACAGGUUCAUGCAGCUCUGCAGUUAACAUAGUUGAAUUAAUUUUGGAAUAGGAUCCUUAAGAGAUGAUGAGCACUUAUAACCAUUACAGCCUUUUUCAGUGAUUGUCAGCUUUUGGCCAGUGUGACAAAAAACUGGGGUUGUCUGGUAUUCAUAACUUACUCCCAACACCCACAGCCUAUUAUUUCCAUAUAAAUGUGGACAGAUUUGUAGGGAUGCUCUAGAAGGGACCAGGCUUUGGGUGCAGGAGAGCCUUGAUUUUGUUUUGUCAAACCUCUGAAAGUGGUUUUACAAAGACUGCACGUAAAGACUAAUUUUACACUACUAUAAGCUACUCUGGUUUUGUUGGUUAGAAUGCCUCUUUAAAGAACAUAUUGUUAUAUUAUCAUCCUUGUUACACUCCCUGGCUGUCAUUCAGACAGCUGAUGCUGAUACUUCCUGGUUUGGUUAGCUCAGUGGAUCUAAGCUCAAGAGGCAGCAAUUGCACAGAGCACCUGCUUUGCAAAGACUUCUCAUUGGGAAGUCUGUGAUUGGACAUGCUCAGAAGGUCUGGGCUUAGUUAGUUAUUAUUAUUACUGGCAUUUAUAUAGCAAUAACACAUGCUGCAGCGCUGUACAACAGAUCAAUCAAUACAAACGAUAAAGAGUUAGAAAAGGAGGGUUUGCAAAGGCUUCAGAGAAAAGAUCUGCAGCUUUACAAACUAUCUUUAGAUAUACCUCAACUGAAACAAUUAAAUGCAUGCAUGUUUACAUUGGGGUGUAUCUACUGAAUAGAGAUUUUUUGUUUGUUUUUUUGGGUGAUAGUAUCUUAAACUCUUGACAGGAUACUCCACUAAGAAAAGGGUGAAUGCAACUAUAAAAAUUGCAAAUGAUUAAUGAGCGAAGAUAGAUCUUUAGAGGAAGAUAAUAUACUCAGUGAGUUGAUAUGUGUGGUAGCGUAACCGCUACAAGCCACCUGAGUGGGAACCCCUUAUACCACUCUACAUAAGUAACAUAAAAUACAUACAAUAGGUGGAUCACACGUCUGAGGUCUCUAGAAAAAGACAAAAUAAUAUAGUACAGUAUUGCCAGUACAAACAAGGUAUAGAUGUGUAAGAUAUCAAGUACUCACAAGCCUGGAGCCAAAUAUAAGCAUAUGACUCUCAUGGGUAGCGCAGAGGGACUCUUAAUAGGACGUCCCCAUCCAGGGCCGCCAUCAGGGCAUGACAACCAUAACGGUUGUCAUGGGCCCGGCGGUCCUGGGGGGCCCGGACUGCUCUGGGAGUCCCGGGCCCCACAUUUCAUAAGUGCACAUAUAGAUAGCGAUUAUUGCUAUCUAUAUGUUCACUUGCGGGCCCUGGCUACCUUUACAACGUAUAUGGGGGCCAGCCAGCACCAUCUUAACUUUCCAGCAGCUCCUGUGCCUGUAACUCUUGCGAGCUCCGCGGCCGGCAGAGCGUUGUCACGGGUUACCAUGCCAACGCUACACACGGCACGCAGGCACAGCUUGCGAGAGUUCCAGGCACAGGAGCUGCUGAAAAGUUAAGAUGGUGCUGGCUGGCCCCGUCUACGUUGUACAGCGGCUGGCUCCCUCUACCAGACCACCUGGGAUGCAAUCUCCCCCCUCCCUAGUCAGGUAGGAAGCAGGGAGGGGGGAAUAAAAUAGUGUGUUAAAGGACCACUCUAGGCACCCAGACCACUUCAGCUUAAUGAAGUGGUCUGGGUGCCAGGUCCAGCUAGGGUUAACCCAUUUUUUUUAUAAAUGGGUUAAUCCAGCCCUCAAAUCCUCUAGUGGCUGUCUCAUUGACAGCCGCUAGAGGCGCUUGCGUGAUUCUCACUGUGGAAAUCACAGUGAGAACAUGCAAGCGUCCAUAGGAAAGCAUUGUAAAUGCUUUCCUAUGAGACCGGCUGAAUGCGCGCGCAGCUCCUGCCGCGCGUACGCAUUCAGCCCAGGAGGAGGAUCGGAGGCGGAGAGGAAGAGGAGAGCUCCCCGCCCGGCGCUGGAGAAAGGUAAGAUUUAACCCCUUUCCUCCCCCAGAGCCCGACGGGAGGGGGACCCUGAGGGUGGGGGCACCCUCAGGGCACUAUAGUGCCAGGAAAACAAGUAUGUUUUCCUGGCACUAUAGUGGUCCUUUAAAUAAAUGUAAAUACCACCAAAAAGGCUCACUCCCACCCCAUGCAGCCCCCUAUUUUACACAUUUACACACACUAAAACCACAACACAAACACACACUGCAUUCACCAUACACACACUAAAACUACAACACACACACUGCAUUCAUCAUACACACACUAAAACUACAACACACGCACUGCAUUCACCAUACACACACUAAAACUACAACACACACACUGCAUUUACCUUACACACACUAAAACUACAAUACAAACACACACUGCAUUCACCAUACACACACUAAAACCACAACACACACACACACUGCAUUCACCAUACACACACUAAAACUACAACACACACACUGCAUUCACCGUACACACACUAAAACUACAACACACACACUGCAUUUACCAUACACACACUAAAACUACAAUACAAACACACACUGCAUUCACCAUACACACACUAAAACCACAACACAAACACACACUGCAUUCACCAUACACACACUAAAACCACAACACAAACACACACUGCAAUACCAUACACACACUAAAACACAACACACACACUACAUUCACCAUAUACACACUAAAACCACAACACAAACACACACUGCAUUCACCAUACACACACUAAAACCACAACACAAACACACACUGCAUUCACCAUACACACACUAAAACUACAACACACACACUGCAUUCACCAUACACACACUAAAACUACAAUACAAACACACACUGCAUUCACCAUACACACACUAAAACCACAACACACACACUGCAUUCACCAUACACACACUAAAACCACAACACAAACACACACUGCAUUCACCAUACACACACUAAAACCACAACACACACACUGCAUUCACCAUACACACACUAAAACCGCAACACAAACACACACUGCAUUCACCAUACACACACUAAAACCACAACACAAACACACACAGCAUUUACCAUACACACACUAAAACCACAACAAAAAAACACUCUGCAUUCACUACACAAACACACACUUUAUCUAAAACACACAAAACUACAUCCAUUAUACAAAUGUGCGAUCUGUAUCCAUUUUACACACCACACGGACAAGGCAUUCUUGUGGGCGGACUCAGAAUGGGCCCUGUGGGCAGACUCGGGGAUGGGUCCGGCGGGGCCCAGACUUUGAACUGUGUCAGGGGCCCGAAAAUUUCUGAUGGCAGCCCUGUCCCCAUCCUUCUUCCAGUUGUUCCUGUGGGAUCUUUAAGACUCUGGAGUAAAGGCAAAUUGGACUGCUCAAUUCCCAAAAAGAUAAUUUAUUGAAAGGAGUAAAAUCAAUUAAAUGCACUAAAAUGUGCAAUAAAAUAAAUUAAUAAAUAAAUAAAUAAUUGGAAAAAGUACAAUUGAGUCUAUGUAGUCCAAUGUAGGUUCUGCCUGGCGGACUAAAUAGACUCAACUGUACUUUUUCCAAUUACUUAUUUAUAAUUUUUAAAAUUAAUUUUAUUGCACAUCUGAUGCUUAUCGUAGACAAGCAUUGAAUACAAUACUUCUCCGUGAGAAGUAUUAAUAGUGUUCAGCGUCUUUGUGCUGUGCGAAAAUGAAGACCUUUUGUUUUUUUUUAGUUCUUAAUGAGGAAGUGCCUCUAGUGGCUGUAGAUAUGAUUGACAGUAGCGACGUGUUCUUGUCACAAUAUAAGCAUUGUCGGUUCUCUGAAAUAGCAGUGUUUUACAUUGCCAGAGAAAAUGCACAAUGCCUGUUUACCAAAUAUACAAAUUUAGAUGUAGUUUUUUUAGUUAUUUUAGCGCUUACUGUGCCCCUUUUAAUAAACAAAUCUUGAGGCUGUUCAUUCUCAUUUCAUGAAACGUUUUGUAGCAAUUUAAAUUCUGACAUUUUUCUUCUCCAGAGAAUGUGAGAACAUAACUGCAUCUGUAGAGGCAGUAACAAUAAAGCCAACACCAUUAAAACCUCCACCUCCAUUUGAAGAAGGUAAUUCCACUAAUCCAGAUUCAGAAGUCAGUCCGAAUACAGCACGUAAAGGUAAGUGCACAGCAACAGCAACCCAACGUUUGGACACCAAGUUAAAAGGGAACAUGUCUUCCUUCCAUUUUUAUCAUUAUAUUCAAUAUUAUGAAAAACGUGUUUUGUGGGUCUGCUGAAUGUAAGCUCUAGUCAAAAUGGAUAUAUCUUUCCAGAAGGUGUUUAGGAAGGUUUUGUGAAUGACAGCAAGGGAGGAUUGGCUAGGCAUGCAGAAAUAGUUAUUUAAAAGGACAUUAAUAGCAUCAAAACAAGUUUAGCUUAAAGGAUCACUAUAGUGUCAGGAAAACAAACCCGUUUUCCUGACACUAUGUCAUCCUUGGGGGACCCUCACCCUCAGGGUCCCCCUCCCAUGGCGCUGAAGGGGGUAAAACCUCUUCAGCAGCUUACCUUAAUCCAGCGCCGGGCUCCCUCGGCGCUGGUGACCUCUCCUCCCCUGCCGUCAGCUCCUGAGUGGAGCGGAAUGUGCAUACGCUGAAAGUGCCACGCGCACAUUCAAACAGUCCAUAGGAAAGCAUUUCUCAAUGCUUUCCUAUGGACGUUCUGCACGCUCAAUGCGAAUUUCGCAUCCAGCGUCGCAGAAGCGCUUCUAGCGGCUGUCAGGAAGACAGCCACUAGACGUUGGAUUAACCCUUCUCUGAAACUGCUGUUUACAUGUGAAGGGUUAAAACAUGAGGGAUCUGGCACCCAGACCACUUCAUUACAUUGAAGUUUUCUGGGUGACUAUAGUGUCCCUUUAAUUAAGUGUUUUUUUGAUGUAAAGAUCAUGCCCCCACAAUCUCAUUGCUCUGUUCUCUGCUAUUUAGGAGUUAGAUUAUUUUGUUUAUGUAGCCCUAGUUCCACCUCCCUUGGCUGUGGCUCACACAGCUUCCCUGCACAUAGAGUCUACAUUUUUAAAGGGUUACUGUAACCCUUCAACAAUUCUUGGUUUUACCUGAAAAUGCACUUUUGGGCAUUACUAUCUUUAUAUGCGUGCUCUCUGAUCUGGUGAGAGGAGGGAAGGAGUAGCAGAUGGACAGGGGAGGGUUGUAAAAAAACAAAAUAAAAUGCGGGUAAUGGGAAGGUUUAUUAAACUAAGGGAAUGAGUGUAGAAUGACAGACAUAAAAUAUGCAAAGAAUUUGGCUGCCCAAGUCACAUGUGUCAGGGGUACGACUUAUCCCAGCACACAAGUGUCGAUAACUCCUACCACCAUAACUACUUCAGAUCACUGUGGUUGAAGUAACCCUUAUUGCAUAGAGUGCCUAAUUUAGAAUUUCUUUUCUCCUGCUCUGUUAAUAGCCUGUUGAGUCUUCAACAACCUCCUAUGUGCGAUUUAAUUUAAAGGGACACUAUAGUCACCAGAACAACUACAGCUUAAUGCAGUUGUUCUGGUGAGUAUAAUCAUUCCCUGCAGGCAUUUUCAUGCAAAUACUGUCGUUUCCCUAUGUAAAAGUAUUGGAUUGGCUAAAAAUCAUAAAUUCUGAUGAUGUCAGCAAGGAGGCGCAUCAGUGGCGGGGCCAGCACUGACGGAACUGCGCAGUGCUGGAAAUAAGGUGAGUUUUAUUACCUUUUAAGGGGGCUAAGGUGGGGCAAGCCACCUCAAUGGUGAUUUUAACACUGUAGGGUCAAGAAUGUAUGUUUGUGCUCCUGAUCCUAUAGUAUUCCUUUAAAUUAACAGAGCAGUAGAUGAGAACUGCUGAAAGAUCUAAUUGUAAAUGAGACCAUUUUUUUUCAAGAAGGUUGUGUUGAUGACUCAAGUGCAGCUUUACUGGGGUCUGUGGAUAAGGAUAAGUAAUGACACAUGAAAUAAAACAUGCAUUUUUAUUUUGUUAGAAUUGUAAACAAGGUUACUGACAAGAAACACACAUAUGAAAGCAAGUCAGGGGAAGCAUCCUGUAUGCUAGAAAAUGCAGACUUCCUGGAACAAUAACACUGAAACUAGGAACAUUCUAAAGAAAUGAAAUUGAACUUAUCUAAUUCUGUCUUUUUCAAAAAUAGAAUACGAUCUUACAUUUUCCUUCAAACAUAGGGACAUAGGUUAGUUUGUCACACACUGUGUAAAGCAGGAAUGUCAAACAGUAGUCUCUUGGUGACGUUGGGCUACGUCUCGUGGCUGUUUCAGAAUCAUUUGACUACUACAAAAUUUGCAGAGCAAAUGUUUGUUGAUUGCCAAGCAUGUGACCUAAAUGACUCAGACUGUUAAACAGUUUGGUUUUAUAUGCAGUGAUGCCUUUUCUCAUGACAAUGUGAUAAUUGCAUACCUUUAAAUUGACGUGACUGAUUAUCUUAAGUACCGGGAAACUUAAUUCCUCUAUUCUAGGCUCCUGAGCAAUGACUGCGGCGGUCCACUCCUAGAGACUAAUAUGUGCAAACAUGUCUAGUGAUAACAUGUCCCCUUAACAAUGUAAUGUCCCCCUCAGUCAGAUGUCUUUGAAAAAAAUCACUUUUUAAAGGGGUAAAGUAAGUUUAAAUGCAUAAUAAACCAUUUCAAUAGUGAACACUGACAUGAUUUAAACAAGCUAUAUUUUUCUAGAGUGUCAGAAAUGUAUUUAUUAGUUAGUAAAUUUGCAUUGAAUUGCAAACCAAUUGUGCAAAAUUUAGAGUGUUAACAUUUAGAGAGCCGAAUCAGGGCCAUACCUCUGAACCUGAGACUAUUGAAAGGUAUGCCCAUGGAGCCAGGUUAACCCAGGAGAAGCAUUCAAGUACUUUAUUUACCGAUAUGUGUGCAUAAUAAAAAUAAUACAUUCAAACAAUAGACUGUGGUGAAAAUAAUAGUAAAUCACAAAGAAUGAAAGAGAAUGUGGGUUGCAAAUUAUAGCUUGAACUGAAUUGCUGGUUCACUGGCUUACUGAAUCAAUGAACUGCCGAACACCUACUUUCACUGUCUAUUUGAAAACAAAUAAUAUUUUUAUAACCAUUUUUCUCUUGCAGUGAAGAGACCAGCUCCUCUACGUCCCAACAUUCCACCACCUAUACAGCCUCGUGUUUCCUCCAGCACAGACAAUUUAGAAGAUAGCCGCAGCCCCAAACCCACGCCACGAAGAACCAUGGGAGGCAGCCUCAAAGCCCCUAGCAUUCCUCCACCACACCCUCCACCACCAACUAAAGUUGCCAAUCCAAAAACUGAGGCAGUUAACACUGAUUCACCCGGGAAAGCCUUGCCCCCUACACCACUUCCCAGGAAUCGAAUACAGUCCUCGGACAACUGAAUUGAAUGUUGCUGCAUACUUUUCACUCUCUAGAACUGCACAAAAAUGCAAGGCAGCCGUAUGUACACUGGUACACAGUAUUACCGUCAGCAUUCUAUGACUAUGCAUCAUACAGUUAUGCACAGUCACAUCUGGACAAGUGUCACAAGAAUUUGUUUGAAUUUGUUGUAAGCAGAGCUGUUAAACUAAUCUUAUUCAAAACAGAGUUUAGAGACUUUAUUAUGAAUAAAAAACAAAGAGUUUAAAAAACAUUCUAAUAUACUUAUUUUAAAUACAUCAGUGACUACCAUUUGUGGCAUUAUUACAUAAGCAUAAGGUUAGUUUGUUUUAGGUACAUAUUUUUUUUAAUCUUAUUAAGGUUUUCAUAACUAGUGAAGUUGUGUACCUCAAGAACGUGUAUGUUAGAAUCAUAUGGAAAGUAGCAUGCCUUGUGCAUUAACCCAAAGUAUGAAUUUUCCUGUAUUCAAAUUGAACUUUAAAUUUUAAUCCAUAAAAGGCAAAUUAGAAAAAAAGAAUGUCCAAAUUAGUUGUAUUUUCAGUUUUGCUAUUUUUUUAAAUAUUCAGCAUGAAUUCUUGACAGUUCAUACUUUAGUGAGUAGCCCUGUUGGAGAAACAAACUUAGCUUAGUAACGCAGUUUUGGUGUUUAAUGUAGUCUCACUGCUUUAUUUUCUGCCAUUUAGGAGUUAACAGAUUAAUUUUCAAUCAGAUCCCACAGCUUAGUAGGUUUACUUUAGAAGUUUUUAUAUCCUGCUCUUUAAUUUGAACUUUUACCAUGUACAUGGUGUAGAGGCACAAGAAGAUCAGGAGGUGCCGGGGGCAAAUAAUUUACUUGCGCCUCCUAGCUCACAGUUCCAUGCACAGAUUGCAGGUACAUUGAUAAGUAGUGAUGUCCCGAACGGUUCGCCGAAUGGUUCGCCACAAACGGUUCGCCACGGACUCAUCAUUGAGUAAACUUUUACCCAGUACCUCACAGUCAGCAGAC